AGUUAAUGUUCACAAUGUGGCUGAGUUUAAAGCAAUGAUGGCUUCUUCCGGUAAGGUCUGCCAUCAUUCCAUGAUGACUGGAAAUUUGACUACUGGAGAAUUGGCUCUGGAGCCUUUAAUUACAUGCAAACUGUGUCUGUGUGAGCACUCUCUGGACAUGAUGACAACCCUUCAAGAAUGCAGCUGCAUUUUCUGCACCACGGUGAGAAUUACGCUUUAAGAGUGCUUAUAAAAUAUCUGUGUUAGAAUAGCACUUAAGUAAUUCUUACAAAUUAGUAGACUUGUGUAUUCAGUUUCAAAUGAACUGAUAUUUAUUCAAAUUUUGGGCAAUUGGCAGCUUGUCUAGAUUCCGUAACUCUGAUGUGCCAUAUGGACAUAUUGUGAACAAUAGAAGAGCCGGUUUGUUUGUUUCAUUAUAACGCCCAAAAAACUAAAUGAUUAUUGAUGGAUGGAAAAAAAGAUGAUUAUUGGUUAGAAGACACACUCGAUGAUUUUAUUCUCAGAUCAAUUGAGAAGUGACAAAUAGGGGGGGGGGGAAGGGAGGAGCACUGAGAUAAACACUAAUUAACCCAUUUUUGUGCUGUUUUUGUUUGUUGCAAUUAUUUUUCUGAAUAAAUUGCAUGGACGAAAAUAGACUGAGUUGAGCAGCCACAUGGACGAAUUUCGAACUACCACAAGUCUACAAAUUAAUAUGGUUUUUAUAAUUUAUUGUAACACUGUUUAGAUUAAACUCGCUUGUCAUGUGGAUUUGACUAUGGAAGCAUUUAACAGUGAACUUACAAUCACAUUAAAAUGUCAUGGAAAAAAGUAAUAAAUGUUUCCAUGGAAAUAGAAAAUACCUGUAAAGGUAACAUCUUGUACGACUAUUAUACAUGUCACGUGAAUAUACAAAUAUUUACAGAUCAUAGAAGAAAAUAUGGGCUUUAGCCUUGCAACAUUAGUGUUGAAAUUCGUUAAGCUUUCAUUGUCAACAAAAACAACUGCUAACAAGUAUGUUUUUGUUUGUUUUUUUGGCAGCAUUACAUUUGGAGAACAAUAUCGGGGUCUAUGGGAUUUAAUAGAUGUCAAUCUAGAGUUUGGGAUUAACCAUAAAUGAACUUGUGCAAGUGUAGUGAGAUGCCUUAGACCUCCACAAUGCUUGUUUUUAUCAGAUGUAGCGUAUAUCAACUAAUGAGAAACGAUAAGGAAUGCUGUCAGAACCCCACUGGUAUUUGUAAAUUUUUCUAAAAAUGUUAAUUAAAAAAAAAAAAAAAAUAAUAAUUAUUUUUUUUUUUUUACUGCUUUGGAAUUUCAGUGACCAUGUCAACGACAUUCUUACAAAGUUUUUAUAAGUUCUCUAUAAUUUUGUCUUUAUGAAAACUCAAAAGUGACUGUUAAAUAAUAAGAUGAGCCAGGCAUGAAACAAGUAGGUGUUUCUAUAGCCAAAUCCCUGGCUGCACUUUGCUGGUUUUAUCUCAAACCUCAUCUGCCCUAAUGCUGUAACCUCCCUCUAUAAAUCCACUCUCUCCUCUCAACUAGACAUCGUGGCAGAAAGCUUCCCCAAUUACAACCCUGGCUCACCAAACUGACCUGAUACCUCCAAAAAUGUUCCAGAACUGCUGAACACUGCUGCAGAAAGUCUCACUCUGUGUCUAACUUCCUCCACUAUAAAUUUAUGCUGCACUUCUACAAUCUGGCUCUUUCUUCUGCAAAAGAAAAUGACUUUAAUACGCUCAUAACCACACUCUCCCGCAUACCCAAAUGCCCAGUUAAUGCUUUUAAAACAUUUUUUUACAAUUCUUUAUUUUUGCAGUGCAAAGAUAACUUUACAGGCUUAUAAAGACAUGGUUACAUAAAUAGAAAAUGAGAAUACUGCUUUGCCAACUAUGUCAUACAGGAUUGUCACACUUUUUUUUAUUUUUAUAAAACAUGCUUUAUAAACAAGGUAAACUUCAUGUCCUAGAGCAUGAGGGUUAUAAGAACAGAUGCUAGUAGAGACAGUGAGAUGUCAAGGACAGAGAGAAAAUGCACAAGUUAAAUACACAUUUUCAAGUUGGUUGCUUAAUAAAUGCUUAAUACGUAUGCCAACCAAGGAAGCAUUGUUAUGAUCUAACAGCGAUCUGGUGUCUGACAGAGCAGUAUGAGACAUAUAAACAGCCUUUAAGACCAUUUGAACCCAGUAACCCAUUAGCUUGGGGUUAAAGAAAGAAGUAUUAAAGCGGGAGCAUUGCCAUAUUUUGGAAUCAAUGUAGUGAGUGUCAACUCAACAUAUGCCCUUCAAGGGCAGCUUACAGUCCUGCUGGAACCAUAUUAGCUUGUCCCUUCUCCACAUAAGUUAUUCUAGGAUGUUGGACCUCACCAGCAGCAUGCAGUGUCUCAGCUGCGGUCCCUUAGGCCCGAGGACUUGUUGAAUUCAGCCUUUCCUUUCAGGCGAUAUGGAGUCUUCCAGUGCUGUUGUGGAACUUUUGCUAAGGUUGCAACUGCCCUCUUCUUGAUGGCUCCAUUUGGUAGCCACUGAGGCAAUCCACUUGUCAGCUUUUGGUGUGCAGGAGGCUUCAUUCUUUUUUGCAGCUUUUUCCAGAAUUGUGCAAAGGUGCAGUGUAGCUUAAUGAUGAUGGAAUCUCCAUCGUCAUGGAGCCCCAAGGUGCACGUGGAUGCUGCUGAUCUUGUGAUCCCGUAAAUUUGCCGAUAUUCAACGAAUGAGCAGAGGGGCCACUGAGGUGUGGAUUGGGAUCACCCCCCACCAUUCUGGGAGGUGGGGGAGGGGGGGGGGAGCAGGAGGAUUGUGGUGGCAUGGACUGCUUUUGAGCGCUUCACCUGUGUCAUUGCCUGGCAGGAUGAGGUAAGUUUUGAGCAAGUGCUGAACAGAGGCUCAGAGAGGCAAGAAACUCUAGAUAAUUGGUGGCUAAGACAUGAGGUCUUACAAACUGCAUCCAGUCGCCAUGAAGGUCAGACACCCCACUCCCCCCAUUUCAUGCUUUAAACUCUCUUCUUCACCCUGUUGCUCCUCCUACCAAUUUGACCGCCACAAACUUUGCAACUCACUUCACUGAGAAGAUUUCUACAAUCAGGGUAGAGAUCUCUCCUCUCUCACUAUCCCCUUCCAAUAUUUCCCUCAACCCCACUCCUUCUGUUCUAUGCUCAUUUGCACCCAUUACAGCAGAAGAGAUUUCUGUUCUGCUCAGGUUUUCCUGCCCCAACACCUGCUCUUUCGUAUCUCAUCCGCACUUUGACUCCUUUUCUUGCUCUGCCUCUCACUAAAAUUUUCAAUCUCUCCCUAUCCUCUGGCAUAUUUCAUCUACUCUUUAAACAUGAAAACGUAACCCUGAUUAUGAAAAAGCCCAAACUUGAUCCUAAUUCCCCAUCCAGCUACCGCCCUAUCUCACUACUGCCCUUUGCCUCCAAGAUCAUUGAGAGAGUUGUGUAUGCAAUAUUGACAGCUUCCUUGAAUCCAACUCCCUGCUUGACCUGCUUCAAUCUGAAUUCCGCGCUUGUCACUCUGUUGAAACAGCUGUGACCAAAGUAUCCAAUGAUCUUAUCGCUGCAAAAUCCCAUGGCCAGUACUCUAUCCUAAUUCUCCUUGACCUUUUGCUGCUUUUGACACUGUUGACAUCCAUCCUAUAGCGAACAUCACAAUCCCUUCCCCUAUGGUUAAGUUACGCAAAUCAUGUUUAGGCUUGAUUAGAAGUGUGAUGAUACAGCCUUAAUAUAUUGUCCGUAGGUAUUCUUUUUUCAUAACUUGCAGCACUAAACUGCUCCACAUAAAUGCUAGGACUCCUCUUUGGUAGUGUACGCAGGAUAUACUGAGCUGAUAUUUGGUUACUAUAUGAUAUUCUAUCCAUCCAGUCUUCUGGCAAUACUUUCAUUAGUAAUUACUCUAUAGAGGACAAUGAAUAGCCAUAUCUUGUGAGACAUCAAGGAAGAGACAACACCAGCUUCUUUCUUGGCAACUCUUAGAACUCAGACUCACUCUGACUCUGUUUAUCUUGGUCUACAAGAUACCGCUCUUUCCUGGUGCUCUUCCUACCUCUCCCAGCACUCUUUCAGUGUUUCAUUCUCUGGCUCUGCCUCUUCUCCCCAAACCCUCUCUGUUGGUGUUCCCCAAGGGUCUGUCCUUUGUCCCCUAUUGUUCUCGAUUUAUACUUGGUAAACUCUUUGGCUUCCAGUAUCAUUUCUCUAUGGAUGACAUGCAAAUCUACCUGUUUGUCAUGAACGCACCCUACUUCAAGAGUCUGCGUGACAUAGUUGUGGUGGUGAAAGGGUUAACGUAUUUGUCUGGAAAUAAUGAUAAAAUCGCCCUUAACACCACCCACACUUAAGCAUAAUAAUAUAAAUAUUACUAUUUUAAUGCUGCCACCACCAAGACAAUAUAUAAAUAGGGUGCCUUGGUCCCUCAGGUAACUUAAUACUAAAAACCCACCAAAUAAAACUUACCACAAUACCUAUGCAAUUGCAAAACACUCAUUAAUCAGUCUCUUCAGGUAGCAUGAUUCUUAGCAAGUCAAAGGCAGAUCUUAAUAAAGGAAUAUUUAUUAUGAGCAAAAAAAAAGUCACAGUGCAUACAUAAAAUAGAUGAUAAAUUAUUUACACCAACAACAGAUAAAAACAAAAGGGAUCAAAUAACAGAAGUCCUAAUCACUUACUCAGGUUUUCAAAGUAAAACUUCUGCCAAUUGGAUCUCUGGCAAGGAAGAUGGUGAUUCACUCAAAAUUAGAUUUUGGCCCCAAUCAAGUACAAUACACACUUCAGUAUCAUUAGAUAUAUACCCUGUGGAUUACCAAACCUUGCCUAGAGGUGAAGAUAAGGCGUACCUAUAGUAACUAUAAGUGACCACCCCCUUGUGUUCAAGACCAACAUCAAUCCAAAUGGAAACAUUUGGUUCUAUCUCAUCUUAUGUACUUGCCACAGAAAUAAUAAUUGCAUCUAUGAAUUUGUUACCAUUUUUCCAUUCCAUACAUAUGUCACACUCCGUACUUGUUACCCAAUAUAGCGAACAUCACAAUCCCUUCCCCUAUGGUUAAGUUACGCAAAUCAUGUUUAGGCUUGAUUAGAAGUGUGAUGAUACAGCCUUAAUAUAUUGUCCGUAGGUAUUCUUUUUUCAUAACUUGCAGCACUAAACUGCUCCACAUAAAUGCUAGGACUCCUCUUUGGUAGUGUACGCAGGAUAUACUGAGCUGAUAUUUGGUUACUAUAUGAUAUUCUAUCCAUCCAGUCUUCUGGCAAUACUUUCAUUAGUAAUUACUCUAUAGAGGACAAUGAAUAGCCAUAUCUUGUGAGACAUCAAGGAAGAGACAACACCAGCUUCUUUCUUGGCAACUCUUAGAACUCAGACUCACUCUGACUCUGUUUAUUGUAUCCCGCUCCAGCUUACAAAGAUAACAGCAUACAGUAAAAUAAACAUUACACAAAACAUUUACCAAUGGCAAUACAGAACAGAUCACAGGGAAAGAACUACAAAGCAACAAAGUGAUUCCUUACACUAGUUACCACCUCCCCCUGUGCCAACACACCAUGACAACAAAAGGUUAUCUUGAUUGGACCCACUGUCCCUUCAGAGCAAUCUCUGGUUACAUCAACACAGCCCUUUGCUGUAGUAGAUAGACUUACUGGCUCCCACAGCAGGUGGUCACUCAUUCUGUGGGUUAACUUGAUUAACCGACAGAAUACAUUUCACACCUAACUAUACUUAAUAGUUUAUAGAGCUUCCCCCCCCCCACACACACACACUUUGUUGACCCACAGCUGCAUAUACAGACACACACACUGCUCUGUGUUUAAUUCAGGUACACAAUACAGUGAUAUCAAGAUACAUGGAAAACUGUCACAAAAAAGGCACCGCGGGACAAACAAAUCAGGCCAUCCAUCUCAAGAAGAUUGUGCUUGUCUCAUUCUAAAUAUAAUAAAAAUAAGGCUUAAUUAUUAAUCUGUGGGUAAGUAUUAAUGUUUCUUUUGGAUAUGAUACUGGAACACAAGGCUACUAGCCAUUAACAUAACAAAGAAACCCUAUCUAAGAGGGAAUCUAGACAUAUGGCAAAUUAGAGAGUUGCUUUAUAUUUAAACCAGACUUCCAGGCCACUUAUGUGUGACUUCUCACACCUCACAGAGUAGCUCUGUUAGGGUCUCCGCUUCAUACAAUCAAAUUAAAACCUUUUUGGAAUUGAAGAUACCACCUCUACCAAGCAGGCAGUUCACCCAUGCACUACACAAAUUACAAUAAAUUACAAUAUUCCAUAGUGCAACAAUGAAUUAUGUACCCUUGCCGUGACAUCUAUCAUCCCCUGAUUUCUCACAACCCCUCCUGACUCGUGUCUCUGACUACCUCUCUGCUGUUUCCAACUAGAUGGCUGCUCAUUUCCUUAAACUUAACCUGUCCAAAACAGAACUUCUGGUCUUCCAUCCCUCAAGUGUUGCUACUCCCUUGUCUGUUUCCUUCCAAGUCAAUGGCGCUACAAUCAGCUCUACAUCAAUUUAAGAUCCUGCUAUUUGCUUACAAAUCUCAGUGAUACGCUGACCUACCUAUCCUCACUAAUACACAAAUAUGUUCCAUAUAGGUUUGGACGCUCUGCUGAAGACCUACUUCUAACCUCUAUUCAUACUCCUACCUAUAUAUCCUCACUAAUACACAAAUAUGUUCCAUCUAGGCAUGUACGCUCUGCCGAAGACCUACUUCUAACCUCUAUUCAUACUCCUACCUCUGAUGUUCACCUUAAAGACUUCUCUAGGGUUGCACCAUUCCUAGAAAACGCCCUUCCCCUCUCUAUUAGACUUUCACCCAGUCUCCAUUCCUUCAAAAAAAAUAUUUGAAAGCUUAUUUCAGGAAACAGCUUUCCCUCCCCAUACCCUGAUUCCUCUUCUGCAACUUUCAUCAAAACAAAACACUAUGCCCUCAGUGAAUACUAUCUUAACAAACUACUUUUCUCCCCUGCUCUUACCUUUUGUGUCACUAUACCCCACUCCCUCUAGCUCAUUAAGCAGGGCCCUCAAUCGCUCUGUUCCUUUGUGUCCAACUUGUCUGGUUACAAAUACAUGUCUGUUUGUCCACCUAUUGUACAGCGCCGGAGAAUUUGUUGGCGCUUUAUAAAUAAUAAUAAUAUAUGUAUAUUAAAUAUAUUUGCCUUUUCUAGUUUUUCUUUUAAUUCACAUUGAAGGGCUUAUGCACUUAUAACAUCUGCUGGGUUUCUACAAAUGCUGCAAGCUAAUAGAAUAUACAGAAUGUACAUACUUGAUAAUUAAUUACUCAGCAAUAAUAACUCUUUUUGUGUGUGGAAUUCAGAGUUAUGUGUGAGACACCUUGAAUGCAAGACCAGACUUGAGAAAUAAAUGUUGUUUUUUUAUUUAUUUUUUUAAAAUGUUAUCAUAAUUUUUUUUCUGAUUUUAAAAUUGCAAAGUAUAAAUUUAUAUGCCUACAUAGGAGAUCAUUUUUUUUGUUUUUAAAUAGUUUUUAUUUAGAAAUGCCAUUUGGGGUCAUACAUUCUACUAGCUGCGAAAAUAGGGGUUUGGUUGCCUACGAAGAGAUGUAGCAAGUCAACAUUAUGCACUACCGUCUUGAGGAGCCUUCGCAGAGGCCCAGAACAACAAUAAUAAGAGACAAAUCGUAAAUAUAUUUAUAAAAUCUUGCGGCAAAGACAUUCAAGGAAGCUUGUAAUGACUCGUCAUUAUAUACGUGAACCAGCAACAUAAGCCUGUGUUCGGAAACAGAGGCGAGAAAAUCGUAUCUUACACAUGAGACUAUCUUGUAGUGUAGCGGGAUAGUGGCUAGAGCAGGUGUUAUUGCUAGGUAUGUGACUUGUAUGGUAUAUGGGUCCCGAAUUAACAGUACAUCAAGCAGUUGGAUCAAAAACGUGUAAUAAAAUAAAGAAGCAAAAUAAUCAUCCUUACAGUUAAAAUUAACAAUUGAGAUAAUGGAUGACCAUAGCAGUAGUGAUAUUAAUAAGGCUAUAUUCGCUAGAGUGUAUUAUUGCGAUCCCCGUAUUUCCCUAUUAGUUAGGCAGACAAGUAAAAAUAUGUGCUGUUUGCAGUUAAGGAAGGCAAAACCGGUUUCAUACCGUGUAGAGAUUUGCCAACAGACAGGCUAGCCCCAUGUAGGUAGAUUAUACGAACUGUGGUUAAAGGCAAAUCUUGUAGUGAGUGAAAAUAUAUCAUAGUGUUACGAUAUUGCUGUUAUGCUCACCAAAUCAUUAUGUAGGCAGGAAUACAUAUAUAGAACAGAAUAAAGUCUAACAGUAUUACAGCAUAAUAUAUGUUACGCAUACUUAAAAUCUCAAAGGCAUUAGAUGAUGUCAUAAACAAAAAUAAAAUGAAAUCAAGUGCCCCCAGAUCAAGAGACAUGCAGUAUGUAGCAGGGUUUUUUGGCCAGAGUGUAAAACAAAACAAAACGGCACCUUUAUAGUGGCAGACCCCCUGUGAAACAGGCGGUUUAGAGAAAAAGGAGUGAGGCCUAUUACGUGAAGACCCUCUUUUGGGGGUCUGGGAGUGUUUCCCAAAAUCCCCAGGGACCUUGGACCAAGCACGUUCAGGCAGACAUUAUGGGAAUGUCUAAAAUUAAUUUACAAAAUAAACAAAAAAACACAAAACAAGAAGAAGAAGCAUACUUUUCAUUGCCACUCUGACCAAGGGACCCUCUUCCCCCUUAGAAAGCAAAACCUCAGAAUGAUAUUGGACAGGUACACUGGUGUAUCAGGGCCAUCUACAGUGUUGACGCAUAAUGUCACCCUCAUGGCAUUUAGCCCUCCCAGGUCCCCAAGCCAAUCUCUGACCCCUACCGGUGCAGUCCAUGGCACAGUGGGCACUCAGCAAUUGACACCGUCCACUGGACCCCCCCAUCUAGAAUCUGUAGACUGCUCUUCUCCUGCACCUCCUCUGUGCCACUUCAGCUCCAGUCAGGCAUGUAUCAUCUCAAGUCUAAAGGUAUAGCUAGCAAGAGUGGCUCAGUUAGGUGGGAUGCGGCAAUUUGUUUGUAUGCAAGUUUCGUUAUGCACUUUUGUAUUCCAUCAUGCUGGCAUUAUGUGUGUUUGUUGUAUUUUUUUUUUUUAAAUGGCAUCAAAUUGUGCUUAUGACUUUUAUGUUUUUAGAAAACUCCCUUAUAAACAAAAUAGCUGGCUGGAAACACAGUGAGAUGCAGAUUUUUUUUUCCCCCCAGUUGAUCUAUUUCUGGUUUAAAAUUUGUAAUUCCUAUGACAAAAUCGAGUUUGGUGAAGAAUCAUGUAGGUUAUUUUUGCAUGAUAUGUAGACUUGCAUAAUACUCACUGUGCUUUUCUAGAUUAGAACGUGAACACAUACUGAACUCGUAGCGAUUUUGUGAUGGUUGAACAUCACUGUGUUAAAACAUACUUGACAUCCUAGUAGUUAUUGAUGAAAAGAGAACAUUGAGUUGAAAAACCACAAUGACAUUGAAUUAGCUUGCUCUUAGCAUGCACUUCAAAUGUCCUUAUUUAAUACAUCUUGACACAGCAUGAAAUACGCUCGGUAUUGAUUGACAAAGAACAUUUAGGGAAAUUGAUGGCUUUUCUUUAACUUGGAUCAUAUAUUAUUUGAUGUUGGUGAAGAAGGGUAUUCAAUAAAUCGAUUCAAUGUUGCUUUGUUUUGUGUCAUUAAGCAUGGUUGCAACUCCCAGUACUUCACCUAAUGUGAGCCACAAUUCUGAUGUCAGCAACUUUAUAUUUGUUGCAGACUUCAUGUUGACCGAGCAUGAUGGGAAUUUCAUCCAUAGUUGCCAGGAAGCUACAGCUUUUCUUUAGUUUUUCUUAACAUCUGUCCCCAAACAGCAUGCUUAAAGUUGUACAAAAUAAGAUGCAUUUUCAUAAAGUAAUUAUGGCCUCUUCCGAAUUGAAUUGGUAGAUGAUACCAAUGUAUUGUUCUUUGUUAAAAUGUUAACAAUGUGAAGACUUAAAUUCUGUUAAAACUCCAAUGCAUACGUACUUUGUGAUGUGUGGGGCAUAUUCUAGUUAGUAUAUUCAUGUAGGUUGGGUGGUCUGGCUUUCCUUAGUGUCCUUUUAAGCUCUGUGAGGUAGAUAAUUCUGUUUAAUAUACUGUAGUAAGCAUACACUUUACAGACUAUUGGGGGGAUUAGUAAAUCAAGUUGAGUCUUUGACACUGUUGUGUCUGAACAUCAAAACAAAGGUUAAAUAAGUGCCCUUAUAAGUAAUUUCCAAUUCUGCUGUGAAAAAAACAUUCAAAAACACAUUGACUUGAAAGCGGUAACUAGGUUUCUCCUAGGAACAAAAAUGCUCUGCCCAAAAUGCAUCCGUACCUUUUUUAUUUAUUUAUUUUUAUUUUUAUUUUUAUUUUUUUUCCAAUACAAAUGGAUGGAAUCUGAUCAAAAAGGCCUGUCUAUGCCAAUAAGACUUCUUGUUUAUUUUUAAUAUGAAGAACAUUUUCCUUUGUACUGUAGCAAUAGUAAAGCUGUCUGAAGGUAUCACAUUCUCCUGCUGUACUAUGUGCACUGUUUGUGACCAAGUGACUUGUUUUGUGUCCCCUAUUUAGUGCCUCAAGCAGUAUGUGCAGUUGGCAGUUCGUGAAGGAUUUGGUUCCCCAAUCACUUGUCCAGACAUGGUCUGCCCAAAUCAUGGUGUCCUUCAGGAAGCCGAGGUAAUGAAAUCUUUAAUACUUUAUACUUUUUUCCUUUUUUUUUUUUUUUUUAAAUCAGUAACUUUCUUUUUACAAAGUUACUUUUUUUUUUUUUAGCUGUUCUGCUUUCCACUAAUAAGCACCUGGUACCAAUCUUUGCUGGGUAAGCCACAAGCAAUAGAUUUCUUGUUCCCAACUCCCCCUCCCCUCCCAAGCUGCUUUAAGGUAAUGUUUACUUUGUAUCAGUCCGUUCAAGUGUACAAUAUUUCACUGUACAGCUAAAUAUUCCAUUCCUUCUACAUUUAUGAACUAUUAAACCAGGCUUGACAUACCCUUUACUGCUGUUUCAUAAUUGUGUGCUCUGUUUUUUUCUGUAGACUCUCAUUUCUGUGGUUUGUACAGGCAUGAGUGCUUUAUUCAGUGGUAUUUAUAUGAAGUAACAUGGAGUGCCUGGGGCCAUUUUAGUCUUGGUUGAAUAAUAUCACAACAGCAUGAAAUGUGUGUGACUUGUUAAGAGGGAGGGUCAGACAUGUAUGUAAAACAUAUGGAAUGUGCUUGUGUUUCCAUUAACUGCAGCAAUAUACUUACGAGUAGGGACCUCAAACUCUGGACCACCAGAUGUUGACCUACAAUGCCCAGAAUUCUGUGAAUGCAAUAGAUGACUAAAUAAUCAUGGUAGUUGUAGUUCAGCAACAUAUGGGACAGGGCAGAGCUUGAGAUAAUUGUUUUAGAGAAUGUAGGUGCUUAUACCCUAAACAAGAGGCUAUGCUAUUAUGGCCUGAAUUUUGUCUCCAAUAAUUUUCACUGACCACCAUCUUCAAUUUUGGGCAACUGAAGUUCCCAUCAAUUUUAGAUAUUUUUCUUUGGCUGAUAGCAUUAGCUCAUGGCUCUUAGCCAAUUAAUGUCUCAGCUUGGUAUAAGUUGGUAUGAUCAUGUGUAGAUUUUAAUGCCCGGUUUACCAUUUGGAGAAUUUGCAGCUGUAAGAGAAAUUUCUAUAGACCUUCUUCCUUGUAGUAAUUUAACACUAAGCAGACAGCGUGGCGUCUUACGGAAGAAAAGUAUGGGUUAAAGCAAAAUCAAAGGAACACUUCAAGCACCAUAACACUACAGCUGGCUGCUGCUUGCUAUAGGAGAAUCAGAGGUGCCUGCUUAGGAGCUUUGAUUAGUUCUCCUGAACUAAGCCCUGCAUUGGAGGGCUAGCUCAUUGGCUUAGAGCAUCAGCUGAUCAUUUUUAGUCAAGGAACUAAGACCUGUAUUCCUGGACGUUCUGACUAUCCUUUAACUGUAGUGAAGCGGGCAGUGGCACCCAGGGGUCCCAGUCAAUCCAUUCAAGAAUAGUUUUUUUGACUAAUUUCAAAAUGUGGAAGGUUCCAGGGCUCUCCUGGCGGCAUAAACACUACAGAGUGUUGUAGUGAUUAUGGUUCUUGUAGUGUUACUUUAAUUACCUUUACAUUGGCAAUGGACAAAGUGUGAGAAGUUUUAGUCCUGACAGGAAAUCCUUCAAGCUUGCUAUGUUAUUCUGCAAUAAUUAUGUGUGUAUGUAUAAUUCCCCACUCUGGCGUCCUGAGAAUCAGAUGCCGGAGAGAGAGAGAGGUAAAGGGCAUGAGCACGUCUAAUGAUGCAGUUAUGCUAUGAUUGUUGGGGAGAGUUCCCUGGUGUCCCCAAAAGUUGGAUAGCAGGGAACUAAGGCGGGACAGCUAUAUAUUCUUUUUCCUGUACCCGGCCAGACUGAAAAGAAGUGCUCACUGAGUGUGCUACCAGAAGGUGUGGGGGGGGGGAGGUUGAAGGAAAUAACACUAUAGGACAGGGUUGGUGGAAGUAAAGAACACUAUGGGACAGGGGAGGGAGGAAAGAACACUGUGGGACAGGGGAGGGGGAGGGAGCAAAGAACACUAUGGGACAGAGGAGGGGGGAAAGAAAGAACACUACGGACAGGGGAGGGGGGUAGGAAAGAACACUAUGGGGGGUUAAGAACACUAAAAAAGUGGAAGGGAGAGGAACAUUAACAGGGGGCACUAAGGUACAGGGAAGAGAAAAGGAACACUGGGGGGCACUAAAAGAGAAGAGAGAAGGAACACUAAGAGGGGGUUGGGAGGAACAUUAAGAGGAAUGGGGGGGGCACUAAGAGACAGGUAAGGGGGGAAGAGGAACACUAAGGGACAGAGGAGGGAAGGGAAAAGGAACACUAAGGGACAGGGGAGGGAGGGAGGGAAGAAAAACACUAAGGGACAGGGAAGGGAGGGGACAGGAACACUAAGUGGAGAGGAGGAGAGAGGAACACUAAUGGACAGGAAAUGGAGAGUGGCACAGAGGGGGGCUUGAGUUGGGAGAAAGACACGCAGGGACAUGAGGGGGAGAAAGUUCAUAAAGGAGAUGGGGUUGAAAGUGACACACAAAAGGGCCUGGGGUGGAAAUACAAAGGGGGUGAAAGAGACACAGAAGUGCUGGAGAAGAGGAAGAAGAGACACAGAGGUGCUGGGGGAAAAUAGAGGGGCUAGUGGUGAACGAGAAAGUCACAAAGGAGCUGGUAAGGAGUAAAAGACAAAGGGGCUGGGAGAGAAGGAGACACACAAAGGGGGGGUUGUAAGAGAUACACAAUGAAGGUGUAAAACACACAAUGGUGAAAAAUAGGUGCCAGAAUCAUCUUCGCCUGUGUACCCAAAAAUCCUUGCACCGGCCCUAUGUGUAUGUAUGCAGAUUUAAAUUUCUUUAUGAAGAAGAAAAUAGGGGAUCAGUGCUCUCCAACUCCAAUAAACACAAACAAGCAGCAAACCUAGAUCAAUGGGGCUCUCUCCCACAUAUUUAUAUGUUUACCUGCCUGUAACUAUAUUUUUAUAGAUUUUUAAUAGCAUAAAUACUACUGGCGCUACGUUUCUCCCCUAUUUCCACAUACUGUUUAAUUUCUCUAUAUCUUAAUUAGGUUUGAUUAGUUUUAUUAAAUUAGCCAUGGCAAAAAGGCAAUGGGAGAUCAUUACCUCUCCAGCUGUGAAAGAGCACAAUAUGACCCUUUGAAGCAAUCCUAAAAGAAAGAUGUAUGCCUUUUAUUGGCCAAGUCUCAUGAGCAUUGUAGAUCCAAAUAACACAAUCUUGUAGUCCUUUUAUAGACUUUAGUAUAUAGGAUGCAGAGAACCAUAUGGGAUGGAUACUGCCAAUUGAUAUUGCGCAUUGGUGCUCAGUUUAGGUCUAUAUAACCGUUCCUAAAUUCUUUUCGUGUGUUAUCCGUAAUUCACUAUCAUUUAGGGUGUAAGUUGCUUGUGCAUUCUUUACCCAGAAGUACAUUUCAUUGCUGCCUUUUGUGCACAGGGUUUGUAAUUCUGGCAUAUAUACUGUGAAGUGGUAACUAUCCAUGUAAGUACAAAUGUAUUAUUAAGUGUUCUUGCAUAGCAAGACCACUUAUUGUUAUCUCACAUAUAUAUUAUUAUUCUUAUUAUAGCCAAAUUUGCCACCCUAACUCCUCCCACAGUUUUUACACUACAUAGACAAAAAUUUACCAAAACGUGCAGAUUGUUCCCGAUCCGAUUGCUAUUACUUUGUGGAACGUUUCGCCGAAUGGUUCACGGAAUAUCGUCGUUCUUGUGGCUAAAUUUGUCCCAUAGGAAUGAAUGGCAAAGCUAGAGUGGGAGCUGGCAAAAGCUGAAAAAUCAGGACAUGAUUUCUAAACUGCCACCACUCCCUUAUUUUCAGGCCCACCUACACAAAUCUUAUAUCAAAACGUUCAGCUAUCCCUGCUGCCACUAAACAUGUCAACGGCUAAGCCGUAGUCCUGAUAGUUUUCACAAUAUAAUCAUUUGUUUGCAGCUAACGCCGUCCAUUGACAUUCAUUGAAACUUCACUCUACAAAGCUCAAAUUUGAAGUGCAAUUUCUAAACUGCGACUGUGCCUUCAUUUUUAAUACUUCAGAGACAUACUAUGCAUCAAAAUGUAGGUCUGGGUCUUGUGAUUCUCACAAUAUAAAGCUCUUCGCUGUAGGAUAGUUUAUAGUUAAAAUACGACCGUUUGAAGAUGGCAACCGCCAAAAUACUCUGACCUGUGGCAGGCUGCAGCAGCAAGUGAUGUCAUAGACAGGGCCUUUUGAACACCUGCUAAUGUUUUUAUAAAUGUAUGGUUUAAUGUAACUGUGCAACAACGUUGCAAUUAAAUGUGCUAUAUAAAUGAUAACAGUUACUCCGCCCACUCCAGUUGUAGACUACUGGUGGAGGCAAGAACACUUCACACAAUUUCCCUAGAAAUUUUAGCUUUUCUAGUUAAUUUAAUUCUUUCUAUUUCAGAUUGCUUGUUUGGUCUCCAUUGAUCAGCUACACUUAUAUCAAAGGCUAAAACUUGAAAGAGGUAUGUUUAAGACAACAUUUGGUUUCAUCCUUAAAGUGUUUGUAGAGAUACAGGUCUUGCUCAUAUGAGGUGAAAUUGUUAAUUUGUGUAUUGCAGUUUUUCACUGGGUUAUUCAUACUUAUGGUACAAAUUUGGCCAGAUGUACAAUAUUCUUUCACAGUUACUGAAGUUCAACUGGAUAUAUAAUUCUCAAAUGUAUUCAGUCAUAUUUAGUUGGAAUUCAGUUGUUUCAAAAAACACUUUAGUUGGUAGAAUAUGAUGUCUUCAUGGCGCAAAUGCUAUAUAAAAUAAAUCAUUCGCAUAUUUAACAAAUAACAAAUUUUACAUGAAUUAAAGCACCACUAUAGGCACCCAGACCACUUCAGCUUAAUGAAGUGGUCUGGGUGCCAGUUCCAGAUAGGAUUAACCCUUUUUUUUUUAAUAAACAUAGCAGUUUCAGAGAAACUGCUAUGUUUACACUGAGGGUUAAUCCAGCCUCUAAAGCCUCUAGUGGCUGUCUCAUUGACAGCCGCUAGAGGCGCUUGCGUGCUUCUCACUGUGAAAAUCACAGUGAGAAGACGCCAGCAUCCAUAGGAAAGCAUUAUGCCGCGCAUGUGCAUUCAGCCGAUGACGUCGCUAGGAAGAAGGAGAGGAGGAGGAAAGCUCCCCGCCUGGCGCUGGAGAAAGGUAAUAUUUUAGCCCCUUCUUCUCCCCAGAGCCCGGUGGGAGGGGGACCCUGAGGGUGGGGGCACCCUCAGGGCACUAUAGUGCCAGGAAAACGAGUAUGUUUUCCUGGCACUAUAGUGGUCUUUUAAUUCUGGUAGCAGACAAAUUUGCAGACAAAAUGCUGCUGUAAUGAUUAUAGAGUCUGGAGUACCUCCCACCCCAUGUAACAAGUCAAACUGUUAUAGAAUGGUUCGACUUCUUACCUGGGGCCAGCUCCUGCCUCUACUACCUCAAAAUACGAUCAGACGAGCUAGCCAUUGAGCUAACCCUUACAAGCAAGCCGUGAAGCUAAACCUCAUUCGAGUUAACAGAAGAUCCUGUUUAGGAGCUUCUGACUGUGUGGUAGGAGUAGUAAAGGUGGGGAGUGGCUCCCAGUGGAACCCAAGUAAAAAAUGAAACUGUUCUAAAAUUUGAGGGUGUUGGCACUCCUGGCACAAUAGCUUCUGCAAUGUGCUCUAGGGGUUAUAAUGCUUGGAGUUUUUCAUAGAAAAAAAAUAGUAUUCUAUACAAAAUAUUUUUUAAAAUUAUAAUGCAAUAUACAUUUUAUGACCUAAAUUUUGUUUUAAUUAUUGGGUUAUAAUGUACUGCUCUAUGGAUUUAACCCUUUCUCCAUAGGAGUUAUCUAUACACUUCUUACCUACAACCCAUUGCUUCUACAUUUUUUUUUACCCCCUCUCUCCCAUACUUUAUUUACUUAUUUUGGUAUUGAAGUAAUGUUUUGUUAAUAUUAAUUUACGAGACUUUGUUUCAGAUGCCCAGGCAAUAGGAAUUUGGAACAUUAGGCACAUGUUUAAAGAAAUAAUUUUGUACCUUGGUGUUGACAUAUGAAGGUGAAGCAGAAAUAAAUUCCUCAAAACACAUUAUUUGCUUCUCAUAUCUUUUUCCAAUAGUUUUUCCUCUUUAAACUCACACUCAAAGAUGCAAAUUUGUUCCCAAUGAUCAAAAAAAACGUCUAGUAUUGCAUGUGUGAGUUAAUUAUCAACCCAAAACAAGCCAAGUACAUCAAUAACCAGAUCAGCUCAAUGUUUACAAAUGUUGUGAGUGUUCCAUAACAUCGUAUUGUGUUUGGCCUACUGAACAAGAGACCUGCCAACUUUCACCUUUCUGAUGUUUUGUUCCUUAAAGGGGCAGCUCCUCCUGCUCUCUGUUUUCAUGUUAAUUAGUUGCAUAAGUACAUGUUUUUCCGUAAGAAAGGAGUGUCAGUUAAAUACUGUUCAUGCAAUAUAAUUAUUUUGUGUGUGUGUGUGUGUGUAUGUAUGUAUAUAUAUAUAUAUAUAUAUAUAUAUAUAUAUAUAUAUAUAUAUAAUUUUCACCGUUUUUGUUUCAGAAGUCCAUCUGGACCCUUGCAGAACAUGGUGCCCUGCCGCAGACUGCUAUACUGUAUGCCAGAUGAAAUCCAAAGACUCUGCUUUGCCAGUGCCAGUUGACUGCCCUGUUUGCCACCUACAAUUUUGUUCUGCCUGCAAAAGCACAUGGCAACUUCAGCAUUUGUGUCAAAACAGUGAGCCAGUUGCUGUACCCCCUGAAAAAGAGUACGUACUGUUCUUUUUUUCUAUGAUGUAACCCAUUGGUAACUGAUAUGCAUCAAAUAUUCAAUAUGUGUAAUUCUCCUGUCCUGUUUGUAUAUUGUCCAAUCCAUAUCUUUGGUCAGUGUUGGCCAAAAGGUUGAUUCAUAACUAAAACUCCCAUGAAACUUUAUCAGCAGUACGGUUGAAGCAGCUGGGGGUCUCCGUACAGGCUACGGUCAUUUUGUUGAGGCGAAGCCUUCAGCUUCCUAUCAAUGGAUGCUCCCUGGUUAUAAAUAUUUCAAAGUACAGUCUUAUAGUCUUGUAUAGUUCCAGGAUGGAGCUAAUUAAAAUUCUUCCAGUAGUGUGCUGCCUGCUAGGAAUUAUCUUUAAAAACAGCAUGGAGUAAUCAUUUACUGCUUGUAGACAGACACUAAUUAAACUGCUUGCUUUGUGAAGCAUUACAUCAAUAAAUAAGUGGGGUUUUCGAAAUGUCUUUGCGAUAGUAAAUAAUAUAGCCACCACGUAAGUGAAAGAAAAAAACCAACAAGCAAACAUUGCAUUGGGGGUCAUAUUGUGAAAUCUUUGUCUUGUUCUUUCCCAAUUAUUAUUGUAUACUUAUUUUUUUUGUAAUUGAUGUUUGAUUCACGACAUAUACAUUUAAUGGAACUUGUCACUUAUUGGGUGGCACUGGAUAUCAUAUCAUGUUACAAGAGAACACUGAGAACUGACAACUACUCAAAUAGCUUGUCAUAUGGUAGGUACCUGUUUGGGUAUUGUUAGUUUAAGCUCACUUGUAGCAUUGCAGAAAACAUUUGCAUGUCAGACAGAUCACAUCGAAAUCCCAGAUAUGAAAAGCUGAUAAGUUCCCUUUGCAUGAAUUGUUUUUGGCCUUGGUAGGCCUUUUCAGUCGGAUGUGGCUGAUAUACUGUUGGCAUAGUUAGCAAGGAGUCUAGGUUAUCCUUUUGCCUUGGUCAUAGACUAAAGACAGAUUUGGGGGGGCGGGGUCUGGAUGGACGUGGAGCACCUCGGCUCUUCGGUGAAACCCCUAAUAACCAGCCUCAAACUACCCAUUCUUACGUGCAUAACCCCAAGCUGCUACCAGAAGACAAGGGGAACCCAAGCAGCAACCUCCGGUGCAAUUAUCAGCUCCCGUCCUGCCGGCGGCACGACUGAUAGGAUGAUGGGUUCGCGGCCUGCUGUGAGGCUCUGGCGGGAAAAAUGGCAGAUCUCCCGUGCUUAGUCUGGUGGGACCUCUCCCACGCCUACUGAGGGCCCCGUUCUCCUCCCCCCAUGGGCCCAGUUGGGUUAUCCCGGUCCUCACCAGGGAUACAGUGCUCAAUCACAGCAUCUGGGUAGUGGAGAAAGCAGCCUGGGACCGCAUAGCAAAAACCAAGAUGGCUGCCGUGUCUACCACAAGCUGGAGAGCUGAGGCUGUAGCAACUGAGCAACUGCUGGGUACCAUCUGAAACCGGUUCCGAUCAGACAACUGCACGCUGGCAACAAGCCGCAGACAAACAAAGCAAUCCCCCCGCCCACCCCGACCGCCGGACAACUCCAAGGGUAACAACUCACCACGCAAACAGAGAGUCAUUUCGGCUCACUACAGAGAGCAUUGUCCACACAACCCGAGGUAUUGCCCCCUACACUGUCACUGGUGGGUCUGUGGGGACUGUAUCAGGACUCUGACCCGAACUAUCCCUGUGGGGAGGAGGGACAUGGGGCUCUAUUCUCUGCCUGGGGUUGGUGCCGACAGUCACACAGGACUGGACACAUCCAUAACAUGAGCUACACCAGACCCGAUCCCAGCUAAGACACCGGCCGAUCCAGCACAGCCACAGGACCGACUAAGCGGAUGCCUACCACAUAUGCCCAUGUUUGCAGCAGACUACUGUAUAUUCUUUAUUUUAUUAUCUCAUUAAUAACUUAAUUCUGUGUUUAAUACAGUAGAUGUUAACUCUGCAGUUCCCCACUGACAGCGCCUAAACCUCCUGAGCCUUCACAUAUACCCAACCUGGCAAGCCCAAUGUCCCAAGGUCCCUUGGUGGUUAAACCACGCCAUGUAAUUACACGGUAGUACGUACCUACACUUAACCUAUGUUGGACCUGUCCAACCUGCUAGUCAGUCACAAACCUAGAAAGUGGCAUCACAUGACACUUGAUUUAGCACACUUGAAAAUCCCAGGGGGCAGGUAGUUUAACCCAGUUCCCCUAAUAUCAUCUACACAGCGAGUGUCAUCCAGAGGAAUCUUAGCAUGUCCACUUAACUACUACUGUCUCACAUAUCCAUGUCUGACUAGCCACGCAGGUCACCACACUAACUGUACACAUCUCUCGUGAUAUCUAUUAGGCUAACCCAUGUCUGUGCUACCCUGUUUUGCCUAACACUUGUUUGAAUGCCUUGACGACUUCUCUGAUAAGCCUGUUUAAUUUCUUUUGCAUAAACAAAAAAAAAAAGGCUCAACGAAUCACCUUUACCACUAUGUCACCGUAUUAACUCAUGUAACCUGUUAAAUGUCAUAACCUCACGAUGUACCUGACAAUGCGCUUCACAAAUAAAGAAUAAUAAAAAAAAUAAAGACAGAUUUGGCCCCUGUGAAACUGCCUGGUCAGCAAAAUGUACAUUGGGACUCUUUGACUUUCUGCGAUGUAUUGUCUUUUCCUUACCAAUUUUUGAUUUUGGUUAGCUUUUUCUAAUAGUUAUGUAAAUGGCACCUUCUUUUUACAACUGGAAUUGAUGCUCAAGACUAUAUUGAGAGGGCUAACUAUGGCAGUUUAGUUACCCUGUUCUACGCAGAUAGUUUGAGAGCAAGGUGCCCUCAAAAGCAUUUUAAGUAACAGAUAUGCUACUUCUUGCAUAGCUAUAUCUCUCCUUUAUAAAUGUAAAAAAUACAUUUUAUAACCUUCUGUGAUUUUUAUGGGUGAAUAUUUUGGAAUCUUUUGGGGGAUAGUUUAGGCAUUUUUACAGCAUUACUGUUUAGUACAACCCUGUGUCACUCUAGUACCCUUUUUGCAACAGUACAAUAAACUACUUUGACUAUCAUCACUUUCCUGCUUAAGUGUUUGUAAACCUUAUACCUUUUUAAGUGAUUGUAGUUGCUAUUCUCCCUCCAAUAAUAAAUAUCAUAUACAUGUUAACUGGAAUUAAUCACAAUGGAAAAGUAUAUGUUGGACACGAAAAUUAACUUGGAGUUGCCUAAAAGUAGGCUUUUUUUUAAGUAGGAGGUAAAAACCAGGAGUUUCCUUGACAAACUGCAAAAUUGUGGACAGGGGUUGGUAUGUUUGCUACUUAGUAAAUAUAUUUAAUUUGAAAGGGGUAAAAAGCAGUUUGCUUUUUCCCAGUGUGAUGUUGCAGCUGAGUUAACUAGUAGAGUGGUCUCUAAAUUUCUACCUGUGUGGGUUUUUGUAUACCUUUAUGAUCCCACAACUGACGCACUGAACUUGCUCACUUGGAGUUGCUUAAAAGUAGUCUUUUAAGUAGGAGUUUAAACCAACAAGAUAAUUGUUACCUGUAGUUUCUGGAAACUGUGGAAAUGGGUGUUGGCAAGAUUGAAGGUUUGACUCAUCGGACAUCUUGUAACAUGUAUCCGUCCAGGGUCUACACCUCUGUGACAUGUGUGAGUAGCAUGUAUCAGAAAUCUGGAGAAGCAAAUUGCAACAUUGAGACAGAUUGACAAUAUGGAAAAGCGUUUUCUACUCACUGAGUAGAGUUUAGUGGGUGAUAAGACAGCUGGGUAACUGUGUCACAUGAUAGCUGGGGGGCGAGGGAUGAGGAAAGGUUUAGCUAGUACUGACUUUGUGCAGCCUAACAGAUUUGCCCAUUUGAGUGAAGAUGUUAGAAGCAUAGUCUGAGGAGUAGCGGUACUUGAGGAAACUGUUCCUUCUAAUAGUCGAGCGAAAGGUACCUCUAGUAUUAAGAGAAUACGUGUGGUAAUCUGCUACAAUAGAAAGGCAGUGGGAGAUUAGGCGUGGCUAAAGUCAUGGUGUAGGAAGAAGAGUUUUGAAUUUUUAGAGCACUGAGCUGAUUUUGCACUUGGAUACAAUCUUUAUAGUCGUGAUGGAUUGCAUCUAAACAGAAGAGGGUCUACUGUGCUGAGUGAAAGGAUGGAUAGAAGGUUGGAGGAGUUUUUAAACUAGUGGUAGGGGGGAAGGGACCUAGUUAUCUACAAAAUGGACAUAGGACUGAAAGUAGAUGGACUUUAUCUUAGCACAAGGGGGUGGAGCCGAGGGGAGGGGGCAAAAUCAGAACAGAGGAGGUAUGUAUAAUAGUAAUAAAAAUUCAGGAGCCCAAAUAACACUAAUAUGACAUGAUGAGCAUAACAGAAACCUGGUGGGAUGAGAUGCAUAAUUGGGCAGGUAACUUAAAUGGUCACACAUUAUUUAGGAAGGAUAGAAAAAACAGGAAAGGUGGUAGGGUAUUUUUGUAUGUCAACCAUGAGUUAAAGCCAAAUAUUAGGCAAGUGGAAUGUGGUGAACAAAAUGUGGAAACUUUAUGGGUAGAUAUCUGCUUGAGGCAAAAGAAUGGAAAUCCGUUAUUGAUUGGAGUGGCGAAAGUAACCUAACCACAUGUUUUUGGAGGGGCCUGUUUGCCAGCCUCCUGCUUCAGGACUAUGGGCCACCCGUGAGCUUGUUAAGCCCUAUCAUCACCUCUUAAUGAUUCUAGCUGCAGUGUUCUAAUUGUUCCUGUGGGUGGCCGCAGUUGGCAUGGUCGACCACGAGGUGGUGGACAUCUUGUUCCCACGAAUGCAGGCAGCAGUGUUUGGUCGUCGAGUUCAUGGAACUGUUUUCGGUCACUGAAACUCCUGAACAUAUAUAGCCUAUGUUCGGUAUUUUACAUCCUCGAAGAGCGCUGUUCGGUGGGAUCGUUCAUCUGAAUGAGGUAUGAAUAUUGACUAUGUUCGGUAUUUUGUUCGUUUGGAAACUACCAAACUAGACCGACCACAAGCCCUUGUUCUCUGAAACUGUUUUGGGCAUGGGACCAUGCGUGAGGUCAGUCAAAUUAUGACUUCCAGGAAAUUCCUGAACCCCUGAACUGAUCUGGGUGAUUUUUGGAUAUGUUGGUCACCCAGAUCAGGGCUAUCAGGGGAUGUAACUUUUAUGGGGGUUAUAAUGGUUUUUAAGGUACUUUUGGGGUGUGAAAUUUAUGUUUUGUUGUGUCUGGAGAUAAUUGAGCUUAGUUCAGUUCAUGACUCAAUUAUCUCCCAGGCACAGGGGAGGGAUUGUCUUAUUAUGUAUGGGAGUGUCCUGGAUCUGAGAGCCAAUGUAAUUGUGUACUUGUUUCUACUGUGGUUUACUCUCAGGCAGGCGUGUACCUAGAGCAUUUGGCACCCGGGGCGGGUCCUGUGCUUGGCACCCCCUUGCCCUCUGUAACGGAUCGCCUGGCACCCCGACUGGGUACCUCCGUUAAAGGAUGCUCCUAGCGCUUCCUGAGGACUCCAAGCACUGCAGCAGACACCACAACCACCGAACCGGAGAAGCAUAUGAAUCCUCUCAAGCAUAUGAAUGCUGUAGACAGUUGAAUAGGAACCAUACGAAUAGGUUUACUCUCCUAGCAGUCAAACUGGAACAGCAUACAAUAAAUCCUUCCCCCAAUAAUGAGACGACACUUCACUUUGAGGGUUAAAACAGGAACUCCCUGUACUGUCACAUACAGUCUCUUUUAUUCCCAAUCCACAAACAUAGUACAGCCCACAGGGCGUUACAAAACAACCAAUCACAUCACAGUUACAUCCCACAUAUUCCCUCCCCUUAUCCUGAGAGGAAACUCAAUUAUACAUACAGUUAAAACAUACUUUCUACCCAACUUUCAUAACUCCAAAACCAUACAUCACAUUCACAUAAAAUUACAUAUUCACAAUCAAUCCAUUCAGGGGAACAACAUAUUCAAAAAUGGCACAAAUCAGACAAGGGGUUCAAAAGUUAGUAAAAGUCCUUUGUGACUAAAUGAAGCAUGGCUUUCUGGCCCAAACCAGUUUCAGAGUCUUCUAUCCUGGAGAUAAGUAAUUCAUUCCUCCCAGGACAGACACAAGACUCCAUUAACAUGGUUGCAAAAAGACACAAAACACUUUAAAAUACAUAAAGUCAUUUACAAAAACACAGUUGUAUCACAUAUCCCCAGAUAGCUGGGAUCUGAGCGCACAAAACUACCAAAUAGCGCUCAGAUCCUAUUCACACAGUUCAAUUGCCAUGGAGCCGAAGUCUUUAACUACACGAAUGGGCUCCAUGGCAUAGCUAUCUGGGUUAAUACCUUCACAUAAAGUCUGGUCCAUAGUCCAAAGGCAAGAGGCGGGCAAGCAGCCCCCUCCAAAGACACGUGGCGAGGCCGGUUUCGCCACAUUUCUCCCCUUUACCAUCCAGACUAACAGGGUAUCUGACCUCCUGCCGGUCAGUGCCCUGGUUAGUCCAGCAACCCACCCACGAAGCACAAACAGCAAUGCAGCCCACCCACAAUAACUGGUUACUACACCUGGAUAAAAUAGCAACUUGUCCAUGUCCAGGUGCCUCACCACGGCUGUGCGGGGGGCUGGUAGACUGCCUUGGUGGGUUGCUGAGUGGGCAGAGACCAGCGGUACUCUGCCCGGGUGCCAGUGCUACCACUGAAGUAGCCUGGUUGGAGCCUGGUUGUGGGAGGGGGAGACCGACUGUCUCUCCUCUGGAUACACUGCUCUGUGGCUGGGGGACAGGACCGACCGUCCCUACCCCUGGUGCUGCAAGUGCAGAGACUACGGUCCCAUCUGCAUAGUUGUGGGGCUUAACAUCUCCCCUUGGUGGGUUAGGCUGCCGCUGGAGAGAGGGUGUAACAAGCUCCUCUCUCUGAACUGUAGACUGCCGCUGGGGAGAGGGGGUAACCUGCUCCUCUCCCUGACACUCUCUUUGCUGGUGGAGAGGGGGACCAACUGUCUCCCCUUUCAAUAUUUUGUCCUGCGGCUGGGGUGAAAGACAGACUGUCUCCCCUUCCUGCAGGACACACUGCCGCUGGGGAGGAAGGACUGCACCUUCCGUUCCCUGGGAAAAAGACUGCCGCUGGGGAGGAAGGACCGCACCUUCAGCUCCCUGGGACUCACACUGGCGCUGGGGAGGAAUGACUGCACCUUUGGCUCCCUGGAACUCACACUGUUGCUGGGGAGGAAGGACAGCACCUUCGGCUCCCUGGAACUCACACUGCCGCUGGGGAGGAAGGACGACCCCUUCGGCUCCCUGGGACUCACACUGCCGCUGGGGAGGAAGGACGGCACCUUCUGCUCCCUGGGGUACACACUGCCGCUGGGGAUCUGGGCCGACCACCCAGCAUCCCUGUAGGGCCGGUAGAGAGACCGCCGUCCCAUCUCCACCUGCCAUCUGUGGGUCUUCCCAGGACCAGUCUGUGAGGUCCCUCAACAUUUGCGAGUAAGGACCACCUGCUUCCGCACCUGGCAACUCCGGCUGCUGCUGGGGAUCUGGGCCGGUCCCAUCUCCACCUGCCUGUUGUGGUUCCUCACAGGACCAGUCUAUGAGGACCCCUACUUCGGGUUCCUGCGGCCGCCUCAGGGGGAGACGGCUAGCCUCCUCGGAUGCAGCCUCUACUCGGCUGCUGUAACACUCCUUCCGCUGAGCAUACUCUCUCUCUUUCGCCAGCCGGAAUUCUCGGGCCAGCCUUGUGUUUCGCUCGGCCGUGACCUGGUUCCAGAUCACCCGGCGUACCUCCAUGGGUAAAUCAUCCCCAUACUGGGCCACUCGCUGCCUCACCUCGGCCAUCCAAUCAUCGCCAGAGCCUUCCAUACUUGUCUGCUCCAAGUCGCUGGAUACCUCUGCUCCCAGGGGCGCUGCACGUGUGCUAGCGUUGCCCUCAAUUUGUAACUCCAAGCGAACUGUGUCUCUGAGCUGCUUUACCUCGCACUAGGACGCCAUCCCACCGCUGCCACCAAUGUAACGGAUCACCUGGCACCCCGACUGGGUACCUCCGUUGAAAGGAUGCUCCUAGCGCUUCCUGAGGACUCCAAGCACUGCAGCAGACACCACAACCACUGAACCGGAGAAGCAUACGAAUGCUCUCAAGCAUAUGAAUGCUGUGGAGCAGUUGAAUAGGAACCAUACGAAUAGGUUUACUCUCUAGCAGUCAAACUGGAACAGCAUACAAUAAAUCCCUUCCCAAUAAUGGGGGCGACACUUCGCACAGGGUUAAAACAAGGAACUCCCUGUACUGUCACAUACAGUCUCUUUUAUUCCCAAUCCACAAACAUAGUACAGCCCACAGAGAUUUUCACAAAACAACCAAUCAUAUCACAGUUACAUCCCACAUAUUCCCUCCCCUUAUCCUGAGAGGAAACUCAAUUAUACAAACAGUUAAAACAUACUUUCUACCCAGCUUUCAUAACUCCAAAACCAUACAUCACAUUCACAUAAAAUUACAUAUUCUCAAUCAAUCCAUUCAGGGGAACAACAUAUUCAAAAAUGGCACAAAUCAGACAAGGGGUUCAAAAGUUAGUAAAAAGUCCUUUGUGACUAAAUGAAGCAUGGCUCUCUGGCCCAAACCAGUUUCAGAGUCUUCUAUCCUGGAGAUAAGUAAUUCAAUUAUCUCCCAGGAUAGACACAAGACUCCAUUAAGCACAGACACAAAACACUUUAAAAUACAUAAAGUCCACAUUUACACACUAAAAACACAGAGACAUGUCUCACAUAUCCCCAGAUAGCGCUGGGAUCUGGCGCUUCAAAACAAAUGGCGCUCAGAUCCCUGUCUGAUUCAAUUGCCAUGGGCGAAGUCUUCAACUACGGGCUCCAUGGCAUAAUAUCUGGGUUAAUACCUUCACAAGUCGGUCCAUAGUCAAAGGAAGAACGGCAGCCCCUCCAAAGACGAUGGCGAGGCGGUUUUAGCCACACCCCCCCCAAAAAAAACAACAACAAACCUGUAAAUUUUUUAAAAUGUUUUCUUUUUUUUACAAUUUGUAAACUUUGCAAAACCGCUGUCAUCCCCUCCUACAAAACCCUUGACCUUCCCCGCCCCUCCUUUAAAACCCCUGUCCUGCCCACUUCUACAAAUCCUGUACUGCCCCCCAUCUACAAAACCCCCGCAACCCCCUUUCCACAAAUCCCCUGCUUAUCCCCCCUUAUAAAGACUCCUGUCCCAAUACAAAACCCCUGCCCCCUUUUACAAAAUCCCUGCAGACCCACACACACAUUUAUAGGCAGACAGUCACACACACCGUUACAGGCAUACAGUCACACACCGUUACAGGCAGACAGUCACACGCAGACAGUCAUGCACACAGUUACAGGCAGACAGUCACAUUUACAUUGACACACACGGCAGCAGCAGACAGUCACAAGCACACAGUCACAGACAGAUAAUCAUACACACGGUUACAGGCAAAAUCAAACAGUCACAGGCAGACAGUCACACAUACAUAGUCACAUGCAGUCACACACACAGUUAUAGGCAGACAGUUACACACACAGUCAGUUACAGGUAGUCACACACAGUCAUAGCCAGACAGUCACACACACUGUUACAGACAGACAGUCACAUAUAUAGUCACUCAGACACAGUCACAAGCAGAGAGUUACACACACACUUACAGGCAGAUGCAUACACACAUACGUACACACAAAGUUACAGGCAGACAGUUUUACACACACACAUACAUACACACACAUAGUUACAGACCGUUUUACACACACACACACACACACACAUACAUACACACACACAGUUACAGACAGUUACACACACACACACACACACACACACAGUUACAGACAGUUUUACACACACACACACUCACAUACAUACACACACACACACACACAGUUACAGACAGUUUUACACACACACAUACAUACACACACACAGAGUUACAGACAGUUUUACACACACACACACACACACACACAUACUGUCACACACUAUUACUUACAGACAGUGGGCUGGAGGAGGACUGAAUUCCCUGAAGCCUGUGGAGAGAGACAGCAGUAACCGGUAAGGGCCAUAUCAAGCCCCGCCCCCGCUGCCGGUUUGGCUCCGCCCUGAUUUUUUAUUAGCUCCGCCCCCAAUUUACUUCCAUGCGGACAGUUCAGUUGCUCUUAGUGUGUGAGCUGUUCUGGCCGCACAGCACCCUAACUGUCAUGGAGCACUGUGCGGCCACAGCUCACACAGCCCCCUCCAGCUCCCAGGCCCUAGUGGCACCUGGGGCAGACCGCUCCCUCCGCCGAGGACUUGCAUGUAAGGCCAGUUGUGGCUACCAUUAAAGGAGUUCCUCUUCACCCUCAACAUAGAGCCUCGUCUCAUGUGUGGUGGGGACAGCUGUAUUCAUUCUGGGGAUUGCUAUAUCACUAUACUCCCCUAGGAUUAUAAUCACAUGCUCUUUUAAGAGUAUAUUGCUACACCUUCUUGGAGGAGAGGUCUACCCACUGGAAGCUGGAUCCUGGGCUUGGGUCCAGGGUGGGUGGAGGACAGUGAGACCCCAACCAAGCUGUAACGCUGGAAGUGGGGACUACAGUGCUGAUGGUGUCUGGUGCUGUGCUUGUGGUACUCGGUAAGCACUAAACAAGCACCGAUUGGCAGAUGCAACCGGUUGGGGUGCCAGGUGGUCCGCCACAGUUGGGAUAUGUUAUAAACCACUUAAUGUUCAUAUUGAUGAGAAAGAAAAGCUAUUAGAGCAAAUUGGAAGAGCUGCACAUCUGGGUAACACGUUAAUGAUUGGAGAUUUUAAUUACCCAGGUAUAAAUUGGGAUGGUGGUACUAGUAGUAGAGCAAAGGAAAUCAGGAUUUUGAACCUGUUAAAUGACAGAGUACAGAGAGUUGCCAUUAAUAGUAUUUUUUUUAAGCCGGACAAAAGUGGUAAGUGGUGCCGCUCAGGGUCCUGUUCUGGGACCGCUUCUAUUUAACAUAUUUCUAAAUGACCUUGAAAUGGGCAUUGACGUUAUAAAAAUAGACAUUAAAAGUCAUGUUUCCGUGUUUGCAUAUAACCAGAAAAGGAGGGGUGCACUGAGCAUGGGUCAGCAAACCCCAAACAAUCUUUAUGAAUGAAAAAAAAUCUCAGGGACUCACUGUGAUCACUUCUGGGCAGUUUAUUGCAAAGUUUCAACCUGAAACCAGGUCUUUAUCAAGCUUGAUAAAGACCUGGUAUCAGGUCGAAACAUUGCAAUAAACUGCCUGGAAGUAAUCAAAGUGAGUGUCAGUGUUUGCAUAUGACACAAAACUCUGUAAAGCAAGCAUGUCAAACUAGUGGCCUGUGGGUGGGUGAGAGUGUGUGUUGUUCAGUGUUGCGAUGGCCGCGGCUGGACAGUGGAGGACCUGGAGGUGUACGGAGGCACGCAGCGCCACGUCACGUGACGUCAACGUGCUUCACCUUCACAGGGUUUCAAGGAGUAGCGGGAGGAUCCGCUUUGGCACAGGGUGCGGACGGCGCCAUUGGAUAGGAUGGGAUAGGCAUCAGGCAAUCCUAACUAUAAGAUAAGGCCAGGGACUAAUGAAAGUAUUUAGAAAAUUGGGCAGACUAGAUGGGCCGAAUGGUUCUUAUCUGCCGUCACAUUCUAUGUUUCUAUGUUUCAUUGGGGGUAUACCAGAGGCUGGACUCUGGAGUCGCAUACUGGCAGCUGCAAUGUGAGGGGGAGUCCGCUUUUUGGCUAAUUAAAAAAAAAAAAAAAAAAUUUAAACAAGGGCUUUUAGUAGAAGGGGGAGACUGGGAUUUAGUAUAGAGGGGGGUACUCAGGUUUGGAGAGGGGGUGAUGUUUUUUUGUACUGUACUUUUCAAAACAAACCUACCUUUCUAUGAAAAAGUAAGUUUGUUUUUUUAUUUUUCACAUAAACUUAAACCUUGUUUAUUUGGCCCGUGCUAGCCUUUGAGUUUGACAUGCUUGCUGUAAAGUAAUACAAUCUGAGUAAAAUAUUAGAUACAAUGGGAGACAAAUGGAAUUAGAUAGAUUGGGGGACUAAGCACUCAAAUUGAAGAUUAAAUUCAAUAUAUAAAAGUCAAAGUUAUGCACUUUGGGGUAAAGAAUGCACAAGCAACUUACUCCCUAAACCGUAGUAAGAUAACACAAUAGAAGAAUUUUAAAAUUAUUGACCACAGACUAGGCAACAAUGUGCAAUGUCAGUCAGAAGUUGCUAAGGCCAGUAAGGUAUUUUUUUGUAUAAAAGGGGAAAUUAAUUCUCAAGAUGAAAAUAUAAUUUUACCUCUUUAUAAAUCAAUGGUAAGACCACACCUUGAAUAUGCUGUGCAAUUUUGGUUUUAAAGAAGGAAAUUAUGGCACUAAUAAAAAGUGCAGAAGUGGGCUACAAAAUGAAUAGAAGGAAUGGAACAUUUCAGUUAUGAAGACAGGUUAACAAAUGUCUGUUUAAUUUAGGAAAACUCUGCCUCCGAGGAUAAAUGAUAGCAUUAUACAAAUAUAUUCGGGGCCAAUACAAACCAUUGUCUGAAAUCGAUUCAUAAACAGGACUAUAUAUAGGACACAAAGUCACACAUUUAGACUGGAAGAAAGGAGAUUUAGUAUAAGGUAAAGGAAAGUGUUUUUUACAGUAAGAACAAUAAGAAUGUGGAAUUAUCUGCCUGAAGAGGUUGUUUUUAUCAGUCUGUACAGAUAUUUAAACUGCAACUGGAUAAAUACUUGCAAAAACAUAAUAUUCAAGUAUAUAAUUUUUAAUUUAUGGGGUAAUAGUUUCUUUAUGUAAAGAGAUCUGACUGCCAUUCUGGGGUCAAGAAGGAUUUUUUUUCUAGUUUGUUGCAAAAUUUAAAAGUGAUUCAAACUGGGCUUUUAGCCUUCUUUUGGAUCAACAGCAAAAAAAAUGAGAGAAAGGCUGAACCUGAUGGAGGCACAUCUCUUUUCAGCCUAUGUAACUAAACUGCACCUUUAAGUUGUGCAAGAGCCUUCCACUAUAAAUGUUAAAUAUAAACAAUACAAUUUCCACAGCUGAGCAUACAGGUGAUACUCGAAAAAUUUGAAUAUCGUGCAAACGUUCAUUUAUUUCAGUAAUGCAACGUAAAAGGGGAAACUAAUAUAUGAGAUAGACGCAUUACAUGCAAAGCAAGAUAGCUCAAGCUGUGAUUUGUCAUAAGUGCGAUGAUUAUGGCUUACAGCUCAUGAAAACCUCAAAUCCACAAUCUCAGUAAAUUACAUGCAAUCAAUAAAACAAGGAGUGUACAUAGAACAAUAUCGGACCUCUGGAAAGUAUAAGCAUGCAUAUGGACUCAGUACUUGGUUUGGGCCCCUUUUGCAGCAAUUACUGCCUCAAUGCGGUUUGGCAUGGAAGCUAUCUGCCUGUGGCACUGCUGAGGUGUUAUGGAAGACCAAGAUGCUUCAAUAGCGGCCUUCAGCUCUUCUGCAUUGUUCGGUCUCAUGUCUCUCAUCUUUCUCUAGUCAAUGCCCCAUAAAUUCUCUAUGGGGUUCAGGUCAGGCGAGUUUGCUGGCCAAUCAAGCACAGUAAUCCCAUGGUCAUUGAACCAGGCUUUGGUGCUUUUGGCAGUGUGGGCAGGUGCCAAGUCCUGCUGGAAAAUGAAGUCAGCGUCCCCAUAAAGCUCAUCUGCGGAAGGAAGCAUGAAGUGCUCCAAAAUCUCCUGGUAGACGCCUGCGUUGACCCUGGACUUAAUGAAGCACAGUGGACCAACACCAGCAGAUGACAUGGCUCCCCAAAUCAACACAGACUGUGGAAACUUCACACUGGACUUCAAGCAUUUUGCAGUGUGUGCCUCUCCAUUCUUCCUCCAGACUCUACGUUCUUGGUUUCCAAAUGAGACGCAAAAGUUGCUCUCAUCAGAAAAGAGGACUUUGGACCACUGAGCAACAGACCAGGUCUGUUUUUCUUUAGCACAGGUAAGAUGCUUCUGACAUUGUUUGUUGUUCAGGAGCGGCUUGACAAGAGGAAUACGACAUCUAAAGCCCAUGUCCAGGAUCCGUCUGUGUGUGGUGGAUCUUGAUGCACUGACUCCAGCCUUUUCCUGACAAUCCUCUCCAGGCUGCGGUCAUCCCUGCUGCUUGUGCACCUUUUUCUUCCACACUUUUCCCUUCCACAAAACUUUCUUUUAAUUUGAUUUGAAACAGCACUUUGGGAACAUCCAACUUCCUUCGCAAUUACCUUUUGAGACUUUUUCUCCUUAUGGAGGGGAUCCAAUGAUGGUUUUCUGAACAACUGUCAGGUCAGCAGUUUUCACCAUGAUUGUGAUUCCUACUGAAAUAGACUGAGAGACCAUUUAAAGGCUCAGAAUCCCAUUGCAGGUGUUAUGGCUUACUUAGCUGAUUAGAGUGGGACACUGUGAGCCUAGAAUAUUGCACCUUUUCACAAUAUUCUAAUUUACUGAGAUUGUGGAUUUGGGGUUUUCAUGAGAAUGUAAGCCAUAAUCAUCGCACUUAUGACAAAUCACAGCUAUAACUAUCUUGCUUUGCAUGUAAUGCAUCCAUCUCAUAUAUUAGUUUCCCCUUUUACAUGCAUUACUGAAAUAAAUGAACUUUUGCAUGAUAUUAUAAUUUUUCAAGUAUCACCUGUAUGUUAUAAUGCCUGCAGUACCAUACCCAAUUUUUGUCGAAAUAUGUAGAAUCCAUUUUACAAAAAUAUGUGGCUUGCUCACUCUCUCUCCAGCUGACUGGAUGAUGUGGAAUUUACACUCAAUAUUAAUUCCAUCCAACAUUUCCAAUCUUGUUGCUACUUUUUAUCAGCAACUGUUCACAAAUAUGUCUGUUUAUGUCAGUGAGUAAUGGCUGCUUAUUGAUUGGAAUAUUCAAUGAGUACUGAUAGGCAGUUACUGGCAGCUGUUAAUGAAAGCCAUUUGUUAAGAUGAGGCUGACAGCUUCCACUAUUCUUUAUUGGAGCCACUAACGUUUAGUUAGUGACAGGUUUUCCAACCAUGUCACUAAUCAUUAUUGGACAAAAAAAAAUAUCUGGCAUUAUGGAAGGAUGUUAACGGUUAAAUCUCUAUGUAUCAAGGCAAUGACAAUGGCCUCAAUUUGUUGAUUUUGGAUAAGCUUUUCAAAUGAUUUAAUAUUUUUGGAUAAAGUUUAAAAAAUUGUGUUCUUCAAAAUAUGAAAAUCACAAAAAAAAUUAUCAUGUAGAAAAAGAAAUAUAUAUUCAAAAAGUUUCAAAAAAAUAUAUAUCUUUUUAAAAAUUUAUCCAAAAUAUUAUUGGGGACAAGUUUGGAAAUGAGUUGAUUGAUGGCAGUGAAAACCUAAGACCAUUGCAAAAACCCCAGGUCUCUGAAGGCAUUUUUAGUUCUGUCUGUUUCAAUUGAUGUUUAAUGUUUUUUUGUUUUUUUUAUGCUUUCAUUACCAGUACACAUUUUAAAGAGAACACAUUGUUUGUCAAAUUUUAUGUAUUAAGUAGCUGAGGAAACUUUGACCUACAUUAUUUAAAUAUAUGUUUAAAGCUGUCUGGAUAAGCCAUCCAUCCCCACAGUUUUAGUUUGUUUUUCUAUGAAACCUCUCCCUACCUUAUUUCAGAUUCUCUGAUCCAGUGCAUAAUUAUACAAAUUCAUUUUAUCUGUGAACUGACUUUGGGUGUAGUUUUCUCAUGUGAAUAAUGUGUGAUUCCUGGAAUUAAUAUUGCAAGUUUUUUUCCUAGAAGUAGAUUGAUCACAUUCAAGGCACUCUGAUGUUCCUAAUAAUAACAAAUAUCAUACAUGUACUGCGUGCAGUACCUGUGUUUUGGUAACUACACAAUGUUUAGUAUAAUAAUUAGGGCGUAUGGUUUUCUUUAAAACCAGACUUUCCUGUUAGAGAGGGUUUGCUCACGAUGAUGACUGGUUAAUUUUUUGUUUUUAUGUUUCAUGGUUCUUUUAUAAAGAGUGCCUAUGGUAGCUUAGGUUGGGUAUUGUAGAGAGUUGGAGAAGAUAUAUUUUUUUCUAUAAAUGAUCCAGCUGUUCUUGUAGGACCUCUUAUUAAAUUUAAUAAUGACCCUUUAAUAUUUUUACAUAAUUCCAGCCCCCCCUACUCCCACUCCCCCGUCCCACCCCCAAAAAAGUGAAAAUAAGUCCUAUUUUAUUUUCAAGCUCGGAGAUUUGCAAUAUUGUUUAUAGUACCAUGUUUCAUGUGAAGAAUGGGUGCUUGAGAGAAAUGUCUGAACCCUUAUAUAAAAUGUAUGCAGGAAACUGAGGAUGGAGAGUUAGAGGUUUCCCACGCUGACAGGGUUAUUUAAUAUAGUUAGAAUUGUCAGGAAUUCAAUGGAUAAUUGAAAUAAAAUCUCCAAGUUAACUAUGCUUACAAGUUCAGAAUUUUGGUCUUCAGUUUGGAAUUCACUUUAAAAAAAAAAAAAAAAUUCUGUGAAUUUUCAUUUGAUAUAAAACAGUUUUUAAAAUAAUGGCAUGACUUUGUGAUGUAAUUUUGUGAUAUAGGUGUCCUUGGGAAGUAUGCUAAUAUAUUUUCAUAUAUUUCCUAGUGUCCUUAUCAAUGGAGAUGUAGAUGCUUGUAUCAAGCAGUGUCCUGUGUGUCAGAUCUACAUUGAGAGGAAUGAAGGCUGCGCCCAAAUGAUGUGCAAAAACUGCAAGCACACAUUCUGCUGGUACUGCUUGCAAAACCUUGAUGUAAGUUAUUUACCAUUGCCAAAAAAAAAAAUAUAAAUCCCUUUAUGAAAUAAUGAUGAGAAAACUCUAACGUUUACUAUGUCACAAGUAUUCACUCAACAAGGACUGCUCCAGGACAAUCAAAUACUGGUAAGAUCUAAUUAAGCCCGAUCUGGAGUAAUUGUGGUCACAUGGAACAAUAAGAUUGGGACAAAAAUUACCAGAUUUUACUAAUUACAUGAUGUAAAGUCAUGAUUUUAUAAAGGACACGGAGGCUCAUAUUAGGCUUUAUCUCUUUCUUUAUUCCUCAGCAGCAAAGAAAGGAUAUUGAUAUUUUUAAUAUAGCAAUAACAAGAAAAAACAUACCCUUAAGGGUUAACCAAAUAACAUUCCAGAUAUAUUAACCAAUGGGAUCAGUCCUUGUACUAUGUCCCCUCAUGUGACCUAAGCCACACCCUCUUUCUAGCUGACGCCGAAGCUGAACACAUCAACAGGAAAAAUUCAUAAACUUGGAUAGUCUCCGGUAGAGGGUUCCGGUGAGUCUUCUGAAAUUGUUAGGGGUAGAGGAUGAUCCUGGUUAUUCCAUCACAGGGUUAAGCUGUGGGAGACAGAGAGAUAUAUGGUAAAAUAUAUUCAAAUAUCUGUCAUGCAUAUAAGCUGUACAAGUUUAAAAAAAAAAAAAAAAGCAUUCAUAUCUGAAACAUUUUUCGUACGUCCAGGAAAUUCAGCUUCAAAAUUAAUAUUAUUAGUAUAUAACACUGCAUCUGAACAUCCAAAUCACUCCUACCUGUUUAUAGGCAAUUGGGUGGGAAGAUACAUGUAUGGCUUACCUGUCAACGGGUGGGCUAAUACUCGCCUCCGUGUCCUUUAUAAAAUCAUGACUUUACGUCAUGUAAUUAGUAAAAUCUGGUAAUUUUAUUAAAGGACACGGAGGCUCAUAUUAGGCUAGUUUCAAGCUGUGAGAUGACCAUAGACGAGAUAUGUUCUGUUGGCCGAAAAUAGUAUUCUAGUAGUAAACGUCGAUUCUCAGGACCAAUCAGCUGUGCGGAGAAGGUCCUCCAGUUUACAACCAAUUGAGAAUGCUUUAGAGCCCAUAGUGCCUCUAGUAGAAUGUACUCCGUAAACUGAUGUGUCGAUGCCAGCAGCCGACAUUAUCCAUUUCACCCAGCGUGCCAGAGUUACCGUGGAUACUGGGUGAUGAGGUUUCCUCACCACCAAGAAUAGGUCGUGUGUUGUAGAGUUCCGAACCGAUUGGGUCCUUUUUUCGUACUCUUGAAGGCAUGUUGCCGGGCAGAGGUUAGCAUUGUGAGGAAAUGAUGGGUAGAAGACUGACGUGAUUUUUGACUUUGUACGUCUGGUGAUAUUAAACAGGACACCAUGUGGGGUGAAGGACCGUGCAUCGAUAUCCAGGACUCGAACGUCUGACCCCCUUUUGCAGGAAAUUAAGCACAGGAGCAUAGCCAAUUUUGCGGACACUUGCUUGAGUAAGCAAAGGCACUUAUUAACAUAAGGCUGUAUAUCGGGGUUGUGGUGGCCGCGCAAAUUUUAUGCCUCGCAAAAGACGACAAACCAAUAAAUGCUUCCCAGCUGGGAAACCCUCCCAUCCACCGUGAGAACGCCGAUCUGUACACAUUUAUGUUGUGGUAGGCCAAACCUUGGUCAAACAGGGUAGUAAGGAAAACCAGGACGUGAUUUACCGGAGCCUGUAGGGGAUCCAUGUGUUGUUCCACGCACCAACUACACCAUGUGUUCCAGGCAUGAGUAUAGGAUUGUCUUGUUCCUGGGGCCCAAGCUCCCGCCAAUAAGUCCAAAGUUGUUCGUGGAACAUUUGGCAGGGACCAGGGUCCCCAGCGAGGAGCCACGCUAGAAGUCUUAGGUGGCCUUGUAUCAGAAGUGAGUGAGAGUUCCCAUCAGGAUAUGAUAAUAGGUUCCUGGGAUCAGUCUGGGAAGGUCAAUAGACAUUUCCAUGAGUGAAGGGAACCAAGGUUGUGCCGUCUAGAACGGUGUUAUUAAAACUAGCGAUGUUCGGGAGCGUUGUAGGUGUAGGAGAGUUCAUGCUAUAAGUGAGAAGGGAGGGAAGGCAUAGAGCCGGUCGUUUGGCCAAUUUUGUAGGUAGGGGCCCACUGCCAAUGCGUCUGGGUCCGGUCUCCAGCUGAAGAACGAAGGAAGUUGAGCAUUCAGCCGGGAUGCAAAAAGGUUGAUGUGCAUCGGGCCCCAGAGUUGUUGGAGUUUUUGGAAUACCAAGUGCUUCAAUCGCCAAGUACUGUUGUCUCGUAAAUGCCUGGAGUUCCAAUCUGCUACCAUGUUGGAGAGUCCUGGAAGGUAUUCUGCCUGUACUGAUAUUUUGCGGCUCAGACAGAAAUGCCAAAAUUCUUUUACCAGAUUCGUGAGUAUUGUCGAUCUCGUGCCACCCAAGUGAUUGAUGUAGCGAACGGCCGAGAUAUUGUCCAUGCGCAACAGUAUGGCACAAUUGGUCAUGUGUCCGAGGAGGCUUCGGAGAGCGAAUGACCCAGCUAGGAGUUCCAAACCAUUGAUGUGGAGUUCCUUUUCUUGUGAGGACCAUUUUCCACCUGUAGAGGUGGGACCACAACGAGCGCCCCAUCCGAGUCUGCUCGCGUCGGAUUCUAUGAUGAGAUCCAGGGUGGUUCCGAAAAUCGCUUUGCCGUUCCAUGCUUCCAUAUGUUGAAGCCACCAUGCUAAUUCCUCUUUUGCUGCGCAGUCUAGAGGUACAGAAUCUGAGUAAGAUUGACCCAAGCAUAGAUGGGUGGCUUUGAGCUGUUGCAGGGAUCUGUAAUGGAGAGGUCCCGGGAAAAUCAUUGUAUGGAAGCAGACAGCAGACCAAUUAUCCUGGCCAGUUGUCGUAAGGUCAAGACUGGUCGUGACAAGGUCUGCUGGAUUUCCUUUUUGAUGAGUUUUACCUUCGUGGUAGGUAGACUGAGCGUUCUGUGAACUGCAUCUAUAUCGAAACCUAGAAAUUCUAUCGAUUGUGAAGGUUGCAUGAUGGACUUGUCCCAGUUGAUUAGGAAACCCAGGUUUUGCAGAAGGUUCAACGUCCAAGAUAGAUGUUGGUUCAAUAGGUGGGUGUCAGGGGGCCAUGAGCAGCAUGUCGUCGAGGUAUAUGAUCAUACGUACACCCCUGCUGCGGAGAAAGGCGACUACCGGUUUCACCAGUUUGGUGAAGCACCAUGGGGCUGAGGACAGGCCAAAGGGGAGGCAUCUGAACCGCCACAUAGUCUUUUCCCAUUGGAAUUGAAGUAAGUGGUGACAUUCUUCGCCAAUCGGUAUCGUGAGAUAUGCAUCUUGGAGGUCCAGUUUCACCAUCCAGUCUCCCAGUCUUAAGAGGUCCUGGAGGCAGUGUAUCCCUUCCACUUUGAAGUGAUGGUAUGUGACAAAGGCGUUGAGAGGUCGCAGGUUUAUUACUGGCCUCAUGCCUCGACCCUUCUUGGGCACUAAGAAGCUGUUGGUUAGGAAACCAGGGGCGGUAGUGGGGACUUUGUAGAUCGCACCUUUCUCUUUUAGUGUGCAAACCUCUUCUGAUACUAGGUUUUUGUCUCGUGGGGAAAAAACUAUCCGAUGUGGCAGUGAGAAUUGGAUCGGUUGUUGUGUGAAUUCGAUGCAGUAACCUAGAACGGUCUCUAGGACCCAGGCAUCGUGGAAAUGAAACAGUCUGCCCCCCACUUUUGAUAAGGAACGAGUGUGUAAAGGAAAAUGACUCACCAUAAGGCCGACGGCCAUAGGAGGAUUCCCUGGUUCCACGUGGGUGCCACGACCUGCCCCUGGUCGGGAAAAAUGGUGAAUGUGUUCUGGGUUCGGGAGGAUGGAACCGUGUUGUGGCGGAGCCUCUGUAGCCCCGGUAUGAAGUCCGGGAGGGGAGGCUGGACAGACUGCCCUGUUGUCUGCCGGCCACACCAAAAACCUUUUGCGAGAACACACGCUUCAUAUUAUGUUGUGCUUUGUCUAGUGCCGUGAACGUGCUGACAUAAUUACUCAGGGUUUUGACAAAGUCGUCUCCGAAUAGGAGACCUUUUGCCUGUGUGCCGGGCUCUGAUAUUGCCAGAUGUAUCAGUUUUGGCUCGAUUUUCAUUAAUAUGGCUUUAUGCCGUUCUGUAGCCAAAGCAGUAUUGGCGUUUCCAAGUAGGCAAAUGCCUCUCUUGAUCCACCCCCUGAUGGCCAGUAAGUCAAUUGAGGUCCCCUCAGUAAGAGCCGUUUCGACCAUAUCGAAAAUUUUGGCUAUAUGUUUGAGGGAGUAGUCUAAUCCCUUUUUGGCCUUCCAUCCCGACUUGCCCAAGAACUGGGCAAUCUUGGGGUCCACCUCGGGGGUCACGCAGGCCAUGUCUGGGACCAUGGGGCGUGGGCAUUCUGCCCUCAGUUUACUCCUUGUGGUCUUAUCAAGGGGUUUUCUCACCCUGGUUGCUAUAUAGAUGGCCACAUGAGUUGUGGGGUACCAUUCCACCGAGCGCAGAUUGUGCAAAGUGUCAGGGUCAAAGAGGGGUUCCCCUUGGGGGUCUAAAACAGCGGAUUCAUCCGCCUCCUGUUCAGCGUCUAUCGCUGGGUGUGCAGUCUCGCUGCGUUCAAGGGACGAGUUGUCUGAAUAAAUCGGGUCGAUUGCCUUAGACCCAUCUGAAGCCUCCUCUGAGUCCGAAUCAGAGUCGGACGAAUCAGGUAGGGCUUUUGCCUGCUUCCAAUUCCGCACCGCUUUUGCCUGGCGGGGGGCUCUUUUAUGUGGGAGCACCACGCCCUCAGUUUCAACAGGGCGCAACCUGUCCGCGCAACCUGCAAACUUGCGGCCGCUAGGGACCAUUGGCUUGCUAUCAGCGGGUAUAGGGGGUGCUGAACUGGGGGUUCUGCCAUAAUGACGGAGGAGAUAGUGUGUGACAGGGUGUCUGACAUCACUCCCAAGGCAUUAAAUAUAGCCUGUGUCAUCGACUUGUUCAUUGUAGCAUCCAGGAGCGCCUGGAAGUCCUCUGAGUUCACGUGGUUCUGGGAUGCUUCACCACCCCUAAUGGCUGCAAACCUGUUUGUCAGCCUGGGACUGCAUACUGGCCAGAAUAUACCAAGCUUGAGUUGGGGAAACAGGCACUACUCAGUAUGGUGGUUAAUGGGGAAUGGCACAGGGCAACUGACACCCUUUAUAGUGGGUUAUGACCUAGGUAUGGAAAACACGUGUAUAAAAAACUCUGCCUGCACAGUACUAAAUCAAUUGAGGGCAAAGGCACACUAUAUGGCACAUGAAACAAGGUAUUGCACAAAUAUUAUGGUAGCUUACCAAGUGUUCCCUCAGGAAUGACUCCUGGGGGACACUGGUAAGCCGCCCAACACCUCCACUAGCCAAUCAGCCCGCUCCCCUCCCUUAACGAGCGGCGCGAGUGACGGGUGAAAAAGGCGUCAAAAUCGCCAAUCGCAAGAUGGCCGCCACGAUGUGCGGGAGUGAACCGCGCAUGCGCGGGCAGCCGAGAUAGCGGUUAUUAAUGGCCGUGAUCCGUCGGGCUAGGCAAGUACCCUGCACUAAGGAAACAAGAAACAACAGAAACAAAACACUAAAGCAGUAAAACAAAUCAAUAAUAAUUAAUGAAAAUGAUCUGCAAGGUACAUUACCACUAGACAAACACCUAAAUACAGUACAAUUUUUUCAGAGCAGAAAAACAUGAGGUACUUAGCUGAGGCAGCAGCAAAGAAAGAGGGAGUGGCUUAGGUCACAUGAGGGGACAUAGUACAAGGACUGAUCCCAUUGGUUAAUAUACCUGGAAUGUUAUAUGGUUAACCCUUAAGGGUAUUUGGUUUUUCUUGUUAUUGCUAUAUUAAAAAUAUCAAUAUCCUUUCUUUGCUGCUGAGGAAUAAAGAAAGAGAUAAAGCCUAAUAUGAGCCUCCGUGUCCUUUAAUAAAAAUUAAGUCUUACAGUGUAAUAAUUUUACAGUGUCCAAGCGAGGAGAAAGAUGAACUUAAACUUUUUUUUAGCUACAACUCAGCAAUUUAAAAUGUAUGAACCUAAGCUUGUAUAUUUGGAGUGCUCGGUUUAAAUGCAUAUAUAUAUAUAAAAAAAAAGACCAAACCAGCAACAUGGUGUAGUAUUUUCACCAAAAGAUUGCUAGAUAUAUACACUCACAGAUUAUGGAGCAUUUAAUUGGCUCAUCACUCUGGUAUAUGUAGGUGGUUGGAGUCCUUUCUAUGGGAAAAUGCAAUAAAAAAACAAUAUAGUACACACCAUAUAAUAAAAUAGGGCUGAUAAAAAAUGACUUACUUAUAGUAUUCAGAGCAAAAAUGGUUUGUUCAAUCCUUUGGUUGGCAUAUUAAUCAAGGAAAUGGUGUCCACACGACAACAAAGCAUCACAGGAAGGUCUUUAUGUAAAAAGCAUGUUGUAUUUAUGGCUUGACCGAUGUUGUAAUUGGAAGGCAUAAUAUCCACACUGUAUCCAGAUAGGCCAGUGUUGUGGAAAAAAAGAUAUCAAAGCAAGAAAUUCUGUAGCCUAGCAGAGAAUAACAGGUAUUACUGUCCAGUCUUAUCCGGUGGUGGCAUUCGACAUUUCAGAGACUUUAAAUACAGAGGAGAAAGCUCUUUUUCUCUUUCUUUUUUAGAUUAGUGCUUCACUUUCUGCAUGUAUUGUUAUGAAGACGGGUAACUUAUUCUGGACUUUGAGGUUUUUUUUUCUCAACACACAGACCCCUAUCCAGCAAUGUAAUUUAGCUCCAUGUACAGUUGUGCUCAUGGAAUAAGUGGGUCUGAUGAAUAAGCAGAUCACAACCACACAGUGGUUGCUGUCACACAUUCAUAGUAAUAUGCCAAACCAGUCGUGAACAUCCGCAACUGCAGCUCAGCUCUCUGUAGACCUGGAGAGUUGAUUGGAAGAAAUGCCUGUUCAAGUUAGUCAGAUCAUUUAUAGUAAAGAAUAAAAAAAAAAUUACACACACAAAAAAAAAACCUCCUUCAAAAUACCUUUUACUAUUAUUACUAUUACCAAUAUUCUCAAGGUACUCUUACAGCUUUGGAAUGAUUUGAAGUUUUUAUAUUGACCCUUGAAUGUUAUUGUAUUUAUUUGAGACUGAAUUUACGUUACAUGUUAUCUUCAAAUCCACAGAUCGGGUUUUAUAACAAUAUUUUCAUUUGUCUUUUCCAAAAUAUCUGAUCUGCCUAUUACUGUACAAGAAUUUAGCAGGUGGUUUAAACUCAAGUCUAGAACUAUUUUUCAGCAAAGACCCAUAACUACACUUAUUUGUUAAAUCAUAUAUUUUUAAUGCCACUUUUAGAACUGUGUUUGUGAUGACUUUUUCAAUGCUACAAUAUCCCUGUGUAAACCUUGAAUGCUGGUCAUCUUAAAUGUUAAUCCCUGAGCUGUUUUUAUUUUUCCUAUUUGUACUGUGAUUUACAGUAAUAUGUUAUAACCUUGCCUUAACCACUCUGUUUCCAUUCAGUCCGAUUCUACUAAACUGUGUGACUAGUUUAAUUAAGGGGAUUUACAAUACUGCAAGAUUUCCAUCAGAAAAGUAAUUUUAAUAGAUAGAACAUAUGAUAAGUGGUUUCAGUGAUACCGCACAGUAAGAAGUCAAACCAUUAUAGUACAGUUUGACAACUCUCUGGGUCAAUGCUGCAUCCAGUCUUCUUCUGCAGAAGAAUAGAAUAAAAGAUGGCAGUUCUAGGACCGCGUUCAUUGGCAGAGCUCUGAAUCGGUGAGUGCAGCCCUGUGUGGCCGUGCUUGGCUCUGUAAAGCUAACUGGAUUCUCCUGAAGGAGAAGAUGUAGGUAGGUUCUGGGGAUGCGAAUGCCUGUGGGACCCAGGUAUUUUCUUAAAUUGUAUUAAUAGGGUUUGACUACUUACUAUAGGAUGGUGCUAAGGGACUCAUAGCACCAUAACCACUACAGUGUUCCUUGUAAUAAUAGUGUUAACUUACUGGCAAGCAAUGCAGGGCGCCAUUUUCUUUUAAAUUGAUAUUAAAAAUUUAUCAAAUGGCAUCACAAUCCAUUUCAGACAAGUAAAAAUAUUGCAAAUGAUGAGGAGAAAUAGAAAGAUUGAUUAAUUAUUUUUUUUCUGUUAAAGGGACAAAAGUAAAAAUAAUCACUAUUAAGUAGAUGUAUUUUUUCAUUGGUAAUGUAUCUAAAACAGCUUGCAAAAGCUGCAGAUCUCUUGUCUGAAGCAUUUUCAAGCCAUCACCUUCUUCCCCAGCUCAGACUUUCUGUGGUUGUCCAAUCACAGACUUCCAAAUCAGUGGCGGACUAAGGGGGGGGGGGUAGAGGGGGCAGUCCGUCCCGGGUGCCGCAUGGUAGGGGGUGCCAUGACCCUGGUCUGAGGGCCAAAGGGGGAUGUGUGCGUUGCGCCUCAUGGCAGCUGGGGUGCUGCACAGGCUCACACGCAGAGACCAGCAAGCUGAACUGCCCGCAUGAAGGAAAGAAGGGGCAGAGCUUUGGAUGUUUGGGGGCAGAGCCAAUCCACGAGCAAGGGCGGGGCGUAAUACGGCCCUUACCCACUGCUGUUACUGCUACACAUGGAGGUUCAGCAAGAAGAAAUCCCUGCUCCUCCACCUAACAGGCUCCAGCCAGGGAAGAACUUAAAUGAAUCCACUCCUCCAGCCCACACUGUCUGUAAGUAAGUGUGUGUAACUGUCUGUAACUGUGUGUGUGUAACUGUCUGCCUGUAACUGUGUGUGUGUGUAACUGUCUGCCUGUAACUAUGUGUGUGUGUACCUUUCUGACUGUGACUGUGUGUGACAGUCUGCCUGCGACUGUGUGAUGCUGCCUGUAACUGUGUGUGUGUGACUGUCUGCCUGUGACUGUGUGUGUGUGACUGUCUGCAUGUAACUGUGUGUGUAACUGUCUGCCCAUAACCGUGUGUAACUGUCUGCCUGUAACUGUGUGUGUGUACCUUUCUGACUGUGACUGUGUGUGACAGUCUGCCUGCGACUGUGUGAUGCUGCCUGUAACUGUGUGCGUGUGACUAUCUGCCUGUGACUGUGUGAUGCUGCCUGUAACUGUGUGUGUGUGUGGCUGUAACUAUGUGUAUGACUGUCUGCCCCUGACCAUGUGUGUGACUGUAUAUGUGACUGUCCACCUGUAACAGUGUGCGUGACUGUGUGUUACUGCUUGUAACUUACUGUGUGUGUGUAACUCUCUACCUGUAACUGUGUGUAUGACUGCCUGUGACUAUAUGUGUGACUGUCUGCGUAUGACUGCUUGUAACUGUGUGUGACUGUCUGCCUUUAACUGUGUGUGAGGGGGUGCAGGGAUUUUGUAGAAGGGGGCAGGGGUUUAAAAAGUUUACAAAUUUGUGCAAUACAUUUAAAAAAAAUGUAAAUAAAGAACACAUUUUAAAAAUUUAGUAGGUGUUUUUAUUUGGAGGGUGGGGUGCCAAACCCAGGACCCACCCCGGGUGCCACAUGCUGUAGGUACUCCCCUGUUCCCAAUGCAGCUCAAUGAGAAGUCUUUGCAAGACAGGCGCUCUGGUGCCCAGUUGGUUCUCAAUUGCCUUUCUCUUGCAUUUCUUUGUCUAUGGUGGAAAACAAUUCAAUAAUGUUUUUGUUUGGUCAAUAAACUUGGGGUAAAACUGAUUUUGUUGCAGCCUUGUGGCAUACAUUCCUAUGCUUUACCUUAAAAUAUAACACUGUUGUGCUCAAUCAUGCAGAGCUGAAAUCCCUUUAAAUUUUCCAUUAUGCCACAUGUGACCUGCAAGGUGAAGUGAUGAAGUGACUUUGGACAGGCCUUCAUUGGUUUUUGUCUGGUUUAAACUUGCUCAAGCUGUCCGGAGUUGGCCAGUUUUAAGUAAUAAUAAAAAGAGGCAAUUCUAAUUUGAGGUUUUAGCUUGUUUGGUUUAACGAUUCCAUAAACAAUGAUAUUGUGACUAAAAGUAAAAGGUAAACUUCCUAGCUUGUAGUUCUGAGUAUAUAGUACCUUAAGAGCACAUCUGCAACCUGAUACAGCCAGCCAUUGUUAGUAAACAUUGUUUCCGAUCACCAAGCCUCAAGAGACAUUUACUAAAUGUGUCUAGUGUGUGUGAAUGUGUGUGUGUUUUUUCUUUUCAACAUUUAUAAUGUUAAACUGUUGGGCCUCUAAACAAUUUAAAAAUUAAAAUUUGGAACAUGUUAUGCAGAUGUCCCCAAUAGAGCCCUACACUGAAAAAAAAGAAAGAAAACGAGAAAGAAAACUGCAAUUGACUGAUUUAGCAGAAAAAGGAAGGUCCCAAGUACAUACAUUUGUUUCUUUGCCCUAAAUUGCUGAGGUGCUGAUUAGAUAAUUAACUGUACCUCACUAUGCCCACAUACCAAAAGGAAAAAAAAACAAGCAAGUAGUGGCCAACCAAGCUGAUAGUGUGGUGGUAAACAAAGAAUGGAAAACUGCAGUAGUGGUGGAUAUGGAAAUACCCAAUGACCAAACAAUUCAGAAGAAGGAACAUGAGAAGAUGGACAAAUACCAAGGACUGAAAGAAGAGCUAGAAAGUAUGUGGAAAAUGAAGGCAAUAUUUCCAGUUGUGAUAAGAAACACUCAGGCUGUGACCUCCAAAUUGGUGGAGUGGCUUCAGUAGAUUCCAGGUGGAACAUCUGAGAUUGCUGUCCAGAAGAGUGAAGCUCUAAGAACAGCUAUGAAACUGCACAGAACCCUCAGACUCCCAGUUCUCUGAUAGAGGACCCGAGAACGAGGAAUAACCCCUCCAAAAAAUACCACCCACAAGGUGAUGGGAAAAUGUAUUAUUAUAUUAUACAUACAUAUCUUGAAUAAGAGAUGUUGAAAUAUAAUUUUUUCACAGCGCAAAGCAAAAGUGGCUGCGAUACAUUUGUAAAAUUUUCUUCUACUCCCUGGAGAUUAAGCUAGCAUGCCAGCUAGUGCAAACAAAUAUUAAUGAUUGCCUAAUACCAUGCAUAGUUGGAAGAGCUUCAAAUUUCCACAAAGUGAAAAACUAGAAAACCAGCACUCCUUUUUACGGGAAUAUAUAUAUUUGUUUUCUGGUUUAAUUCAGCUCGAAAAAAAACCCCCAUACAUUACUUCUGCACAGAAUGUUUGAAACAAGGAAGUAACAGUCUGCUGAAAAUAAAAACCAGUAUACUCAAUAUGCUAUAUAUUGGAGUUCUUUUUACAAAAAUAAUUCUGACAUUUGAUGGUCCUGUUAUUCCAAAAAUACAUAAUGCAUGGGACUUUUUCAAAAAUGUAUUUAUUUUUAAAUAUUUUAUUUUUAUUGCACAAUUCAGUGUUGCAAUACAAUCAUAUUGGCAUAAAAAAAAAAAAAUAUAGACGUGAAUUACAAUUUCAGACAAGUAAUGAUAUAGCUCAUCUCCUAAGCGUAAUAAUUAUGAGCAGAGAACACUGAGAGUAAUAGGAUAACCAAAACACUGAACCAUCUGAACCUAUUCAUGAAUAUUUGUGUCGUUUAUAUAAAACUACUUCAGCUAAUCACUUUGUGGAAACAAGUGCUGAUUUAUUUUUUCUAUCUUUCAGAAUGAUAUUUUUCUGCGACAUUAUGACAAAGGUCCCUGUAGGAACAAGCUUGGACAUUCAAGAGCAUCUGUUAUGUGGAACAGAACACAGGUAGGUGAAUUGCAGAAGGACAUCAGAAUAAAUAGUGAACUGUGUCCCAUGUCCUUAUCUCCAUUGGUUGUCCUUGCUUCACAAAGCUAGUUCAGUAAAUGUUAAUGACCUUUGGACUGUCUUAAUGACCCUGUUGGUCAAUAUAGCCAUUUUAUUAUUGUAACUCUCUGAUAAACAGUUUAGCGAUUCAUUGUCAAAUAAAUCCAUUUCAUAAUCCUUUAAUUUGUUACUUUCACUGUCUCAAUUCCUGCCAUUGUUCUGUACUGAAAAUAAAUAGAUCAAUCCCUCUCCAAAUAGAGGUUCAUGAAGACAUUUAAACAAAUCUUCUCUUAGGAGAAAGACUUAAUAGAUUUAAAGGUUCGUACUGUAGUGGUUAUGGUGCAAGGAGUGCCCUGGUGCUCCAGUGUAACUAAUCGGAUCAUCAAAGCCAGACGUUCUCUGUACAAAGUCUGGCACUCACUGCCAUUGAGCUAGCGCUGCACUGCAUGGCUUAGUUGAGGUGAGCUAACAGAAAUUCCAAUUUAGGAAGCUCUGUGUCUCUUUCCAGGCGUUGGUAGUGGAGGCAGAGAGCAUCUUCUGGAAGACCCCAGAUUAAAAGUCAAACCCUUCAAAAACAAUUUGGCUUAUUACAAUGGAGGGAGAGGGGCACUAGGCAUUCCUGACACUACAGGGAGUGCAGAAUUAUUAGGCAAGUUGUAUUUUUGAGGAUUAAUUUUAUUAUUGAACAACAACCAUGUUCUCAAUGAACCCAAAAAACUCAUUAAUAUCAAAGCUGAAUAUUUUUGGAAGUAGUUUUUAGUUUGUUUUUAGUUUUAGCUAUGUUAGGGGGAUAUCUGUGUGUGCAGGUGACUAUUACUGUGCAUAAUUAUUAGGCAACUUAACAAAAAACAAAUAUAUACCCAUUUCAAUUAUUUAUUAUUACCAGUGAAACCAAUAUAACAUCUCAACAUUCACAAAUAUACAUUUCUGACAUUCAAAAACAAAACAAAAACAAAUCAGUGACCAAUAUAGCCACCUUUCUUUGCAAGGACACUCAAAAGCCUGCCAUCCAUGGAUUCUGUCAGUGUUUUGAUCUGUUCACCAUCAACAUUGCGUGCAGCAGCAACCACAGCCUCCCAGACACUGUUCAGAGAGGUGUACUGUUUUCCCUCCUUGUAAAUCUCACAUUUGAUGAUGGACCACAGGUUCUCAAUGGGGUUCAGAUCAGGUGAACAAGGAGGCCAUGUCAUUAGAUUUUCUUCUCUUAUACCCUUUCUUGCCAGCCACGCUGUGGAGUACUUGGACGCGUGUGAUGGAGCAUUGUCCUGCAUGAAAAUCAUGUUUUUCUUGAAGGAUGCAGACUUCUUCCUGUAUCACUGCUUGAAGAAGGUGUCUUCCAUCCUCAACCCGAAAAGGCUCCACAAGCUCAUCUUUGAUGAUACCAGCCCAAACCAGUACUCCACCUCCACCUUGCUGGUGUCUGAGUCGGACUGGAGCUCUCUGCCCUUUACCAAUCCAGCCACGGGCCCAUCCAUCUGGCCCAUCAAGACUCACUCUCAUUUCAUCAGUCCAUAAAACCUUAGAAAAAUCAGUCUUGAGAUAUUUCUUGGCCCAGUCUUGACGUUUCAGCUUGUGUGUCUUGUUCAGUGGUGGUCGUCUUUCAGCCUUUCUUACCUUGGCCAUGUCUCUGAGUAUUGCACACCUUGUGCUUUUGGGCACUCCAGUGAUGUUGCAGCUCUGAAAUAUGGCCAAACUGGUGGCAAGUGGCAUCGUGGCAGCUGCACGCUUGACUUUUCUCAGUUCAUGGGCAGUUAUUUUGCGCCUUGGUUUUUCCACACGCUUCUUGCGACCCUGUUGACUAUUUUGAAUGAAACGCUUGAUUGUUCGAUGAUCACGCUUCAGAAGCUUUGCAAUUUUAAGAGUGCUGCAUCCCUCUGCAAGAUAUCUCACUAUUUUUGACUUUUCUGAGCCUGUCAAGUCCUUCUUUUGACCCAUUUUGCCAAAGGAAAGGAAGUUGCCUAAUAAUUAUGCACACCUGAUAUAGGGUGUUGAUGUCAUUAGACCACACCCCUUCUCAUUACAGAGAUGCACAUCACCUAAUAUGCUUAAUUGGUAGUAGGCUUUCGAGCCUAUACAGCUUGGAGUAAGACAACAUGCAUAAAGAGGAUGAUGUGGUCAAAAUACUCAUUUGCCUAAUAAUUCUGCACUCCCUGUAUUACUACUACAGUGAGCUAAAGUGGUUAUGGUGUUUAGGUUGUUCUUUUUAAUUGUAUAUGUUAUUUAAAUUUUUUUUUUUUUUUGUUUUGUUUUGCUACAGGUUGUAGGCAUCCUUGUUGGCUUGGGGAUUAUUGCUAUUGUGACAUCACCUUUGCUUCUUUUGGCAUCACCUUGCAUAAUCUGUUGUGUCUGCAAAUCAUGCAAAAGCAAGAAGAAGAAACAGAGCCCGUCCCCCACCACCUAGCAGUGUGUUCACGUGUCCAUGUGGAAGCACAACUGGGUAUAAAGCAUUGUGCACCACAUUCAUAUAGCCUUGAAAUUUUCUUUGACUCUUGACACGUCACUAUGAAAAGAAAUGGCCGGACCAUUGCAAAAUAUAUCUCGUAUAGGGAAUACUGGUACUUAAGAGUGAAAAAUACCCUAAACCCUUAUAGGUAAAUCUUUACCGCUAUGCCAUAUUUAAAGGAUCAGUAAUGCCUAAUUAUAAAUAGCUUUUAUAUGAUUUAGCACACUGAGAUAAGUUCAAAUAUGUAUGCAAAAUGUAUAACAUUUGUCUUGAGUGUUUUAUUGCUUCACAAAUUCAUAAACUUUAAAAAGAGACUGGAGUUGGGGGUGAUGGAAAGAGAGAACCACUGUAAGUGACUUAUGUGAUAUAAAAGCUGUAUUGUAAUUGGCUGUUAAAAUACAGAGGCAAAUUUACAAAGAAAUAGUCCAGAAUAAUUACAGUAUUGACUGGAGCUUGACAACAGCUUCAGGAGAAGCCAAUAUGUUGCUUGUUUGUCUGGGAUCUCAAAUUGGAGGGCCUUCAUUAUCUACUGCAGUGUGGUGGAGAAUUGUGAAUACUUGCCAGACUUGGUGGGGAAAUCAAAUGAAAGAAUAUCUCCUUGCCUCUUGCAUAUUUUUGAACUCUUUUAUAUAAACUCCACUUAAAAUAAAGCAUUACUGUUCCUUUAAAAGAUGGGCUCAAGUCAAGGAAAUCUUGUAGCACCAAAAAGAAUAACUUUGUGCUAAAAAUGUAAACCCCCCCCCUUUUUUUUUUUACUAAACUAUAUAUAUUUUUUCUUUUUUUCUUCGAUUCUAAAAAAAAUUAAUCUAGCUUUUCCCUCCCAUGCGAAGAUGAAUGCACUUAUUUGCUAAAAUGUGCAAUGGUUUUAUAACCUGCCGACUGUAUAAUGUAACUGUGUAAUUUAUCAAAUGAAUCAAAUCUAUAUUUCUAAGAAAAACAUCAUAUAUUUCCUCUAGAGAUAAUGUACAUAGAAUAAAUAAUCACAAUAUAAUUGCACUGUCUAUUGUAACUGUAAAGAUAUAUAUAUAUUUUUUUUUCUUGUUUUUAUUAGCUGUUGUUUUUUUUUUAAUUUAAUUUUUGGAAUACAUUUUGUUUUUUUAGGGUUUCAUGUAAAUGCUGGAAUCCACGUUAUUUUUAACACGUGUCAAGGUGUGGCUAGUUCAGUUUAGCUUAUCUCCCUUUGCUGACGUUGCCAUAUAUGUAAAUAUCUUGCCAGGCACUCAUAAGAUUGGAUAUGCAAUCACUGACCCAGUACUAGUGUGCAGGGGUCGGUACUAAUGUUGGUGAAAUGUACUGUAGGUAGGGGUGUAAGCAGAUUUUCAAACUGCAUUUAAAGGUACAAAUUCUUGGGGCUUUUGUGGAAGAUAUAUGCUGUGCCAAGUUAUUACAAUAUUUAGAAUAACUAUUCAAAUAAUUAUGGUCACAUUCUAUAUUUACUCAGUAGGAAUUGGGUUUUCUAGCUAAAAACUUUUACAGUAAAACGUUUGUGCUGUUUCUCUGCUCAACUGAUCAGCAGAUAUUGUUACCUGGACAUUGUUCAUAGGAAUCGAAUAGACUUUGUUCUGUUCUUUUGCAAAUAGGCUAUUUCCUGGAAAUUAGUGAUGUUGUAAUCAGGAUAAUGUGGUGAAGGUUUAUCAUUGACAACAGUGAUAGAAGCACAAAAUGCUUGCUAUAAUGUACGAUUAGAGCAAAUCCAGUCAUUUGCUCUCUUUUACAAGCAUCAUGGAAGAUAUUUAAGGAAUGUAAACAUUUGGAUUCUAUUACAGUCCAGUCCUGCAGUUAAUUACUAGAUGACAUCAUUUGCUGGUUUCUGAUUAUCCUGCACCAUUAUUGUUUUGUGUAGCAUUGAUACAUUGUCAUAUUGCACCUCAAAGAUAUUCCUAAAAAUGUGACCGUCGCUAUUGACACUUGUCAUGCUGAACAUGCAGAUGAUAUAUACUUAAAUCACAAUAAACCCCCAUAAUCACUUGAUUUAAAAAAAAAAAAAAAAAAAGUAAAACGACAAAUAGGAUGCUCCAUAGCUGCUACGUACCUACCUACAUAAAUGGUGUUUGCCUUAUAAGCUAUCUAAAUCCAUGUUGGCUGCCUGGCACUGGACCCUUAAGGGCUUAUUUAGUGGCUGGCCAUGCCACGUGCGUGCUUCCUCAUUGCAGCCAUAUAAGGCUAUGUGGUUUUUAUCUCCUUAUCCAUUUCAUCUAGAUAAAUGUACUUUUUAAAAUUCUCCGUUAUACUUCCUCCUUACUAAAGGGACUCUCCAGGGUGGAUUUUCCAUGUUUUAGAAAGACAUUGCAUUUGAGGAAGUAUCGGAAAGAGAAAAAGAAAAUCAAGUCUAAAAAAAUCCCUUUUUUUGCAGCCAAUUCCCUCCCCAGAAAAAAAAGGACCGAUAGAGCAUUUGAAGCUGUAUGCUUGUUACUAGAAGUCUCCCCAACAUCCCCUUAGAAGUAGUAUUUUUACAAGGUGAGCUAUGGCGCAAGAUAUAUUUACAGUCUUGUAAAAUCCAUGCACCAAUCAUCAUGUUGGAUCAUUCUUUUAUACUUUGUAUUCAUGAAGUAUCCCUUUAGGUGUUUGAAAAGAUGCUGGUUAACAUGAAUUUGAACUUCCAAACAUUUCUCUGGCAUUCCACAGAAGUACAUGUGUUCUAUAGACUUUUCAAAAGCUCUGAAAAAUAGGCAUUCGCUGCAAAUAGAUUUAUUUUGGCAAAUUGUCAAGAACAUCUACUUCCAAGCUGAGACAUUUAUUCCCCUUUGUCUGAUACAGAUUCAGGAUGAUCCUUUAUUUUAUUUUUUGCUUUCCAUUAGACACCCAGGCAGACAAAUCCAUGAUGAAAUUGUCAACACUUGGUUAAAGUACUAAGAGUCUUGGUAAACAUUUCCCUUAUAUUGUAAUGCAUUCAUUCUGGAUUUCCAAGAGCUUUGCUAAGCUUUUAUACUCUGGAGCAGCUGGAAUUCCAGAUGUUGUCUCACUUUAUGUCAUGAAAUAACCACUUGAGUAUGUUGCAAGUUUUCUGUACUCCUUGUUCUUCACAUUGUGUGCAAUCUAUAAAAAGUAUUUGUUGGCUCAUGUUAGAUGUUAUAUGCACUGAGGACUAUUUCUCAUUGCAUCUUCAAAUUACACUAAUCCAUAAUUUAUAUAAAACCUGUCCACAUGCAUGCAGCAAUCAAGCCCAAGUGCAAUUAUUUUUUAAGCUACCGGUUUUUUUUUUUUAGAGAAAUCUUAAAAUGUUUUGUUAUGUGCAUGUAGCUGGUUAAUGCAAUAUCAUUUAUAAUUUUAUUUUUUUCUUCUGUAGUUGUCAACUUGUACUUUAGCAAGACCCUGAUUUUUACUGGCUAUGGUGCCAUUUAACUGCUGUCCUUAAGGAACCAAGGAUAGGAUACGAACAACCCAGCCAACAUUAAAGUGGAACUGCCACUUCCGGGUAGUUUUAAUAUUCUGUUUAAUUAGCCUGAUAUUUAAAGUAACACCGAAAACACUUAAGCUUGUGAAGCGUGUGUUCUUACUUUCCCUCCCUCCAUCCCUCCAUCCCCCCAAAAAUUGGCACUUUUAUAAAGUAACCUUGUUACACUCCCCUGGCUAUCAACCAGAUAAUUGGUCCUGAUUUGGUUAGCUCAGUGGAGCUAAACUCAAGAGGCAGCAAUUUCCCAGAGCACUUGCCUCAUUGACCUGCGCUAGAAAGUCUGUGAUUGGAAAGUCUGGGCUGGAGAGAUCUGCAGCUUUUGCAGGCUGUUUUUCCAAUAUAACCCCAACUGAAAAGCUCAAAAUUAAAUGCGUGCAUGCGUUUCAUUGGAGGUCCAUCUACUAAAUAGUGUUUUGGGUUUUUUUUAAAUGUAUUUCUGUGGAAUUUGGGCAGUGGAAUGUCCCUUUAACAGAAAAAAGGAAUGAAUGUUUCCAUGUCUCCUCAUACUUUGCAAACUGAAUUGGGAUAGUAUUUGAUAAAUCUAAGAUAGAAAUUUAAAAUGAAAUGGUGCAUCUUUUGAAAUGAUGUUACUACAAGUUAUAGUUGAUUUUUCAGUAUUUUAAUUAAUGGUGAAUAUUUCAGAGAAGUGACAAUUCCCCUUUCAGAAAACCAUUGUAAGCUCCUUUUUGACAGCUACAUAUGCAGCACAGUAGGAAUCUGUGUGGGAAAAUGUGUAUGUUAUUCAACUACUGGCUACAUUUUCAUUCUGCUAUUAAAAUGCAUCUGAGCCUCAAAUAUUACUGCUCAGUGUUGCUUUCAUAUAAAAUAUGCUGGAAGCAUCCUUGCAACCGUUCUUCAUAGCACAGGAAGUUUAUCAUUUUAGAGUUGUCAUGCUCACUGUCUUAGAGUUGUACUAAAAAUAAAUUAAACUUGCACUCAUUUUCAAAACCUGUUACAGAAAGCUAAUGAAAAUGUAUACAGCAAAGUGGAAGCUGCUCAUGAAAUUAUUUUAACUUCAUAUCAUUCAUCCAUAGUGUAAACUGAAUAGAAAUAUAUAAGACUGACUACAUAUACUUUUUAAGUUACAAAGCAAAACAUUUUGCAAUGAUGCAUCACGCUUAAAGGGAUCCUAUAGAGCCAGGAAAACAAACCCAUUUUCCUGGCAAUAUAGGUCCCUACAGUGCCCACCUCCCUCUCGCGGGGCUGAAGGUGUUAAAACCCCUUCAGCCACUUACCUGAAUCCAGCACCAAUGUCCCUCGAUGCCGGGUCAGACUCCACCCACGCUCCUCCUCAGCCAGCGAGGGAGACCUAAUCCGCAUGGGGGGCUAUGGCUGCGCGCCCACUAGACCUCCCCAUAGGAGGGCAUUAUUCAAUGCUUUCCUAUGGGGAAAAUCUGACGCUGGAGGUCCGUCAGAUAAACGGACCAAAAGUCUAUUUGGAUUCUGAAAGUGCCCCCAGUGGCUGUCUGGUAAACAGCCACUGAGGGCAGAUUUAGAGUUUCUCUGGAACUGCAAUGUUUAACAUUGCAGCACUAAGUGCAAUAGGGAGACAAUAGGGAGACAGCACCCUGACUAAGUGAUCUGGAUGCCUACAGUGUCUCUUUAAUAAACAUGUUAAGGUCCCCAGGACACCCAUCAGUUAUCCAUGGAUCUUCUUGGCCUACACUUCUUUUAUAUUAUCUUGAGAUCUGUUGCUGGUAAUGAGAAUCAUUUGCAGGCUGGACAAGUAAAUAUUGGAAUUAAAGUUCAGAAAGACAUUUCAAUUAUAUAAGUAAAACAGACCUUAAUAUAACAUUUGUUUAGCAUGUAAAGGAAACAUUAGAAACUGUUAAUAAAAUCUGUAUUUAAUAUCAGAUAAUGUUGUUAUUAUUAAAAAAGCAGCGUACCAAUGUAACUGUUAUCUUAGAUCAUUUGAGUCUAUUCAUCAGCUCUGAAUUUAUUCCUAAGGCAUUUCCAAGGUCAUUAACCCUGGUGAAAGUCUGGUGGGUGUGUUAGUUGACUUUGUCAGCCAGAACCCUGGUGAUCUUAAUAUGGGUUUUAUGUGUAGUGUGUGUAGCGGUUAGCCACGUUGUAAAAUUGGCAACUGAAUGGGCAACUUUGCAAUUCGUAUAUCUUCUAAGUAAGACCCUUGAUCAACAAUUAGAGCACCUAAUGUAAUUAAAAGCUUUUAAUUUAGUACGAGCUUAGUUUGACCCACUGGAUUUAUGAAAAGCUUCUGACAGGGGCUUUUUAUAAAAUCCAGUCAUAUUAGUUAUACGAUUAUCUUGUUUCUGUAUCAGGGCUUGAAUGUUUGAUCUGUAACCGUCUCAAGCAAUAUGUAGCAAAUUCACUCACACCUUGCAACUUUUCAGAACCAGGACAAGGUAUCAUAGUCGGAAUAAAUAACUUUUAUUAUUAUUGUAAAUGCCACACAUCCAUUAAAUGUGUCAGAAUGUGUACUAUUGAUAGAAAUCUGAUGAACGGUCAAUUUUUAAAAACCCAGGUGUUUCUAUAUAAAAAUAUAUAUAUUAGUCCACCUUGAACACACAACAUUAUGUUAAUUUAACAGGUCAUUGCUUAAAAAUGUUUUUUUUAAAUUUUAUUUUAUUUUUUUGCACAGCUUUUCGGGGGAUUAUCAUACUUCUCAAAUAUCAUUGCUAAAGUUGUGACAAAAAGUUUAAUAAACUAUUUAAUGUUUGUCUUUUUUUUUAUUAACUUCUGCACUUGCUGUUCUUUUUGAUAAUCCUUAAAUCAGAAGGAACACUUUUGAUCUUUGUAAGAUUCAUCAUGCAAAUGUUUGGUUUUCUGUAUAAAUUGUAAUGUGCAUGUGUAAAUGUUGGUCUCUGAUGUUACAUUUUAAACCAUGUUAAGGGUUGUAUUUCCACAUAUGGAUUCACUACUUGUAUAAUAUUUAUUGUGUGCAUAAACGCCGCUCUGCCUUUUCUCAUUCUAGGUUUACAAAUGUUAUUAAAAAAGGGAAACAGAUGGAGGAAAUGCUUGUUUUGUUAUCUGUACAGAAAUAAACGAUGUCCCUCAGCUUGUAGUUGAAGCUCUUUUUUUUUGUUAACUUACUUGUGUAUUGUGGUAACCAUGAUACCAUUUAAACAUGUUUUCAUGUUCUUCC